AUGCCUUAUGUGGAUCGUCAGAACCGAAUCUGUGGGUUCCUGGACAUUGAGGACAAUGAGUCCUGUGGGAAGUUCCUGCGAAGAUAUUUCAUCCUGGAUACCCAGGCCAAUAGCCUUCUGUGGUACAUGGACAAUCCCCAGGUAAUGCCUGUCCUCAGAAGUAGACACCAGUGGCCCACCUGAAAGCAGCAGCCUUUCUGUGACGUUCUUCAGGUCCUUUGUAGAGUCCCCCCUCCCCCAGUCCUGUUAGAUUUAUAUAGAAAUCAUGUGAUAGAAAGAAGAAGCACAUUCCAGUGUCUCAGUGCCCCAUUUGGUAAAGCAACUGAGAUGGAUGUUGAGGUGCUACUUCUUUAUCACUGAGACUCAGCCCAAACUGGACUUAAUGUUAAUUGUAUGAAAGCAGUUGAUGUGCAUGUGUAAGGAUUUAAAUACCGACCAUUGGGUCUGGAAUGUGUGCAGCAUGCAAAAGCUGUUGUUUGCUCCCUUGUGCUUAUCCAAGGCACCAUUUCCUUGGAAUGAAGGACAGUGGGAACUGGGAUGUAGGGCCAAACUCUUGCAUCCAACUCUCCCAGACACAACGCCUGGCCUGUUGUUUCCCAUCCAUCCUGUGGCAUCCUGUCAGGUGAGGUGGGAAAGGGCCCAUCCAUUUGUAUCUAUGGCAACAGGGCAACCUCUUUGAAUAUGGUAAAUAGCAUACUGAAGUGGCCAGCCAAAGUCAUUGCCUUGACAAAGGAACCAAUUUGGCUGGUUCAGUAACCUCUUCCACUAAGUUCUAAGCAGGCUUGGGAAGGGCCCAAGAUAUAAUCCAGACCUUCCCCACAAACUGUGACUGUAUAAAUCUCUGAACUAUAUUUAAGUCAGGUUGCUGUGGCCCUUGCAGUACAGCAGGAUGAGCACCACCAGUGGAGGUGAGCUGUUAGAUGUUUUCUCCCAUUAAUUUCCAUGAAUGGUCAGGGACGGUGGGACAAUAGUAGUCCAACAUGUCUGGAGGGCACCAGGUUGGAGAAAGCUGUGCUGCACAUUCUUGAUUCACAUGUACACAUUUCAGUGGGCGCCAAAUAAAGACCUACCUCUUUUGCCCAGGAUUUUGUGGGGUAGUAAUCUCCAUGGGAUGUUUGACUGCUGCUACCGUGAUGACCUAUGGGUGGUCUUCUAUCCUCACCCACUCUUGGUUCUGCUGAACUUGGUUGCAUUUUAAUGUUAUGGAAAUUGUUUUAUGUUUUUUAUUGUCCUACAACCUGCCCUGUGAUCACACGAUGAGGGGUGGGCAAAAUAAUAUUACUGACAAUGGAGCUUAAGCUGCUCAUGAGAUGUGAUCCUGGCACCUCGUAGCCUCAGGCUGCUUGGCUCUUAUUGGAGUGAUGCUGCAGGUCUCCACGCUUUCUGGUUCUGCCAGUUAUGUGGGCAGAUUUCUAUCAUGGGCAUGUGUGGAGAAGGUGGGUUGGACUCGAUGAUGUUUCAGAUAAUUUCCAGUGUGAGGCUAAGAACCUAAGAGUAUAGGAAGAGCCUGCUGCAUCUGGCCAAUGGCUCAUCCCGUCUACCCUCCUGUUCUCAAAGUGGCUGACCAGAUGCCUGUGAAAAAUCCACAAGCAGGAUUUGAGCACAAGAUCCCUCUCGCUCCUGUGCUUUCCAGCGACUAGAAUUCAGGAGCAUUGUAAAACAUAGCUCCAUGAAUUUGUCUAAUCCUCUUUUAAAGCCAUGCAAGUUGAUGGCCAUCACUGUAUCCUUUGGGAGCAAGUUCCAUCUUUAACCAUAUGCUAUUCAAAGGACUUUCUUUUUUUCUGUCCAGAAUUGUCUAAUGUUCAGCUUCAUUGGAAGUCCAUGUGUUCUAGUUUUAUGAGCAUGUCCCCAUUGCAGCAGGUCCUGGUGGCUCCCUUUUGCUGUGUGGGCCCCUGGCAGAUGCCUGACCAUGCCACCGCUUAAUGCCAGCCCUGCUGUCCAUUGCUAUAGCUGCAAAGAGGGUCCUAUGCUAGAGCAGUUGCUUGGGCAGCGGGGAAAUGUUUCUCUGUUGAUGGGGCAGGGGCAGAAAGCCAGGCUUCUCAUAUUUAUAGCAGGGCUGGCCAAUCCAAAGCCUCAGUUCAAGCUGUCAGUCAGCAUAGUUGAUGUUUUGCACCUCUACUCCUUUCCGUUCUCCUAAGGCCACAGCACUUACCUUCUAUGGUAACUCAGACCUAGCUCCUGUCUCACACUCCAGAACACCAGACAGAACCCUGCAAACAGGAUCUCAAGUCUGGAUGCUGCCACCAGACAUCAAAAUAGACACUCACACACAGCAGCUCUUGUGAAGCUCAGCUUUAUGAGCUCAAAGAGGAAAUCUGACCCAGCGGUUUGCUGUGACUCAUAUCAUGCCUUGAACUGUCUGAGCAUCUUUGCAAGGAAGCCACAACAAAAAGUCUUGUCUGGGAAACCCCCCUGGACAACUGGACUUUGCAAGCUGAGAACUGAACACAGUCAGUUUAGAAGCUGGUAUGGGAUCUGCACCCCUUCCUUUGCACUCAUCCAUUUGAAGUAACUACCACAGAUUUUAUUCAGUAUCUAUCCAUUUAGUAUUUUAAAAGGAACAGUAGAACAAGGGCUCAGUGUGCUAUAACACACGUGGGCAGAAGAUUUAGACAAGAACAGUUGUCCAUGAACAGUUGAUGGGAUUGUCCUCAUGGGCUCUGUUCAGCCAUGAAACAUAAUGUGUGAUGCUUGGCCAGGUAUUUUCUCUUGGCCUGAUGCUCAGCAAAUUUACAGAUGACACCAAACUGGGAGGGGUAGCUAAUGCUGCAAAAAACAGAAUCAGAAUUCAAAAUGACAUUCACAGAUUGGAGAACUGGGCCCAGGCUAAUAAAAAUAAUCUCAAUAGGGACAAAUGUAAGGUUCUGCACUUAGGGAGGAAGAACCAGGUGCACAAAUACAGGUGAAACUCGGAAAAUUAGAAUAUCAUGGAAAAGUUCAUUUAUUUCAGUAAUUCAACUUAAAAGGUGAAACUAAUAUAUGAGAUAGACUCAUGACAUGCAAAGCGAGCUAUGUUAAGCCUUUAUUUGCUAUAAUUGUGAUGAUCAUGGCGUACAGCUGAUGAAAACCCCAAAUUAACAAUCUCAGAAAAUUAGAAUAUUAAAUGAAAUCAUCAAAACAAGGAUUGCAAAUAGAGCAAUAUUGGACCUCUGAGAAGUAGAAGCAUGCAUAUGUAUUCAGUACUUGGUUUGGGCCCCUUUUGCAUCAAUUACUCCCUCAAUGCGGCGUGGCAUGGAUGCUAUCAGCCUGUGGAGCUGCUGAGGUGUUAUGGAAGACCAGGAUGCUUCAGUAGCAGCCUUCAGCUCUUCUGCAUUGCUCGGUCUCAUGUCUCUCGUCUUUCUCUUGGCAAUGCCCCAUAGAUUCUCUAUGGGGUUCAGGUCAGGUGAGUUUGCUGGCCAAUCAAGCACAGUAAUCCCAUGGGCAUUGAACCAGGUUUUGGUACUUUUGGCAGUGUGGGCAGGUGCCAAAGUCCUGCUGGAAAAUGAAGUCAGCAUCCCCAUAAAGCUUGUCUGCACUCCAAAAUCUCCUGGUAGACGGCUGCGUUGACCCUGGACUUAAUGAAGCACAGUGGACCAACACCAGCUGAUGACAUGGCUCCCCAAAUCAACACAGACUGUGGAAACUUCACACUGGACUUCAAGCAUCUGGCAUUAUGUGCCUCCCCAUUGUUUCUCCAGACUCUGGGUCCUUGGUUUCCAAAUGAGAUGCAAAAGCUGCUCUCAUCAGAAAAGAGAUUUGGGCAGCCAUACUCCAGGGCAGGCAGGCAGUGGGCCAGAUCCUCCACAGCUGCCUUCUCCAACAUGGUGCCUUCCAGUUGUCUCUAUCUCUCAUCAGCCCCAGCCAGCAUGGCCAGGGGUUAGGGGUUUAGAGGACGCUAGGCUGCUUGAAGAAGGCUGCUCCAGUCGCUCAAUUUUAGCAUUCUUGCCAUUGGUCAUCUCUAAUUCUAAAUAAGCAAUCUGAGGGUUUGGUUGUUCAUUGCCACUUGACUGAUUGACUUCUUAACCCAUUUCAGAACUUGGCUGUGGGGGCCAAAGCAGUGGGAUCUUUGCAGCUGACCUACAUCUCGAAGGUAAGAACAAGGUGGAGAUACGAUUGGCAGGAACCUGGCAGAGCCUGUUGCUCCUCCCCACUCUUCUAGCCCUCAAGGUUUUGUUGCUAUUGUUUUAAGCCCACCAGUUCUGUGCUUAUAACUAUGGGUGCACUUACUCUUAUAACCAUUUGAGCUUGUGACAGCAUAGGCAAAAUCUGGUUGGAUUUGGUUUGGUUGGAUGGGCUAUUUUCAGAUCCCUGGUCAAGGAUGGCACCAUUCCUGCAUUCUUUAUAUUGGUUUGCAUGCCCCAGUGCUGCUGAGUAGGCAUUCAGCUGCAAUAGCAUCGUAUCCAUAGCUGGACACAAAAUGCCACCACUUCCUUUAUUUUUUAGUUUCUCAAAACUCUGCAGUUUCAGUCUAUCUCCAUCUUGUUCCAAAAUUUCCCAAUAUUUCGGCCAAUUGGCCUCCAUAUUGAGCCUUUUCAGAGCUUUCGCUUCCAUCGGUGACAGCCACCUUGGGGUUUUGUUUUCCAACAAAUCCUUAUAUCUUAUCCAAACAUUAAACUGUGCUUUCCUGACAAUAUGGUUUUUAAAUGCUUUAUGCGCUUUGACCUUGUCAUACCACCGAUAUGCAUGCCAUCCAAAUACAUUGUUAAAACCUUCUAAGUCCAAAAUGUCUGUGUUUUCAAGAAGUAGCCAUUCUUUCAACCAGCAGAAGGCUGCUGAUUCAUAGUAAAGUUUAAAGUCUGGCAGGGCAAAUCCACCCCUUUCCUUUGCAUCAGUUAAUAUCUUAAAUUUUAUUCUGGGCUUCUUGCCCUGCCAGACAAAUCUAGAAAUAUCUCUCUGCCACUUCUUGAAACAGUCCAUCUUGUCCACAAUUUGCAGUGUUUGAAACAAAAACAGCAUUCUAGGCAAUACAUUCAUUUUUAUCACAGCAAUACGACCCAACAGUGAAAGCUUCAAAUUUGACCAGAUUUCUAAAUCUUUUUUUCACUUCCGUCCAACAUUUUUCAUAAUUAUCUUUAAAUAAGUUCCCAUUUUUGGCUGUCAUGUUAAUCCCCAGGUAUUUCACUUUCUUAACCACAGUCAGGCCUGUCUCAUUCUGAAACCUCUCUCUUUCAAUCAGUGUUAAAUUUUUCUCUAAAACCUUAGUUUUUAACUUGUUCAGUUUAAAUCCUGCCAGUUGACCAAAUUCUUGAAUUAGUUCUAAAACCCUUUUAGUACUAGAUUCUGGCUCCUGUAACGUCAAUACUAAGUCAUCUGCAAAUGCUCUCAGUUUGUACUGUUUGGCUCCGACCUGUAUACCUUUAACCAACCGGUCCCUUCUAAUCAUAUUCAGCAGAACCUCCAGGACCGAUAUAAAAAGCAGUGGGGAGAUUGGGCACCCCUGUCGUGUCCCUUUUUCUAUCUUAAAUUCUUCCGUCACCACAUUAUUUACAAUUAGUUUAGCCUUUUGUUCAGAGUAUAUUGCACCUAUACCAUUUUCAAAACCUUGGCCUACCCCCAUCCCCUGUAGGUUCUUCUUCAUGAAGCUCCAAGAGAUGUUGUCAAAGGCUUUCUCCGCGUCCACAAAUAUCAGAACUGCUUUAGUAUUUAUAUUCACUUCUAGUUUUUCCAAAAUAUCAAUUAUAUUUCUCAAAUUAUCAGACAAGUGUCUUCCUGGGAGAAAGCCCGCUUGGUCUUUAUGGAUCUCUUCCAUCAAUACUUUUUCAAUCUCUUGGCCAAAAUGUCUGCAAAAAUUUUGUAAUCCACAUUAAGUAACGAUAUAGGGCGGUAGUUCUUAAGCUGAGUCUUUUCAGUCUCUGUUUUUGGUAUAAGUGUAAUGUACGCCUCUUUCCACGACUCUGGUGCCCUUUUCCUUUCCAAUAUUUCAUUACAGACUUCCUUCAAAGGUUGUAAUAGCCACUCUUUCAAAGAUCUAUAAUAUCUAGAAGUCAGCCCAUCCGGUCCUGGAGAUUUGCCCAAUUGCAUAUUUUGAAUGGCACCUUCUACUUCCUGUUCAGAUAUUUUAUAGUUCAACAUUAAUUUGCUUUCUUGGGAGAUUUUUGUAGUCCAUUUGUCUUCAAAAAUUUGUCUAUGUCCAUUUCUUUCUGUGGCCCUUGUGUGUAUAAUUGUUUAAAAUACCUCUGGAAACAGUUUCUAAUCUCAAUUGGGUUAUGUAUAUUCUUUCCUUCCACUUCUAAGUUUGUGAUAGUAUUUAAUUUUUGUCUUUUUUUCAUUUGCCAGGCCAGCAAUUUCCCACAUUUAUUAGCUGAUUCAAAUGUUUUUGUCUCAUUUGUUUAAUUUUCCAUUCUAUUUCCUGAUUCAUCAUUUCCAUAUAUUGUACUUGAUAUAAUUUUAUUUCUCUCAAAAUCUCCUGCGACUUUGGUUUUGCUCUCAGUUUCUUCUCACUUUCUUUUAUUUUCUCCAAAAUUUUAUCUUUCUUCUCAUUUUGACUUCUCUUCUUUAUUGCAUUCUGUUGUAUCAGAAACCCUCUCAUAACAGCUUUACUUGCGUCCCAGAUUACUCUUUUUUCUACAUUGGUGUUCAUAUUUAUUUCAAAAUAAUCUCUCAAAGUUUUUUGGGCCUUUUUAUAGACUUCUUCAUCUCUAAAUAAGGUGUCAUUCAUCCUCCAUCUGAAGGAGCCAGUUGAUAUUUGUUUCAUCUCCAUCCUUACAGCGUUAUGGUCGGAGCAGGUUUUUGGGCAGAUUUCCACUUUCUUUAUCUUUGGUGCCAUUCCUCUAGUUACCCAUAUUUGAUCAAUUCUAGUCCAUGUCAUCUUGGCUUCAGAAAAGAAAGUUCCCUCUCUUCCCAGGGGGUUCUUUACUCUCCAAAUGUCCACUAAGUCCAUAUUGUCUGUCAUCUCAAAAAAUGUUUUCGGUAGUCUACCAUCCUUGGUAACUACCUGUCUUUGUGCCUUGUCCAUGUUUGUAGAUACUACUCCAUUCAUAUCCCCCAUCAGAAUCAGAUUGUAAUCCAAAUAGUCCAAUAAAGUCUCAUGCAACUUUUUAAAGAAUUCAGAUUUCCCCUCAUUCGGUGCAUAAAUUCCUACGAUCAAAAAUUUCUCUCCUUGAACUUGAAUUUCAAUUGCCAAAAAUCUGCCUUGUUCAUCUUUAUAAAUUAAUUUCGGUGAUAGUCUCUCCUUUGCAUAUAUCACAACUCCUCUUUUUUUAACUUUGUCAGAUGAGAUAAACUCCUGUCCCAAUCUUUUAUUAAUCAGUAAUUUCCUGUGUAACCUUGUUACAUGUGUUUCUUGUAAGCAAAUCAAGUCCAAUUGUUCCUUUUUUUAGUAAAUGAAAAACACUUUUUCUCUUUCGAGGAGAGUUCAAACCAUUACAAUUCCAACUUAACAGUUGCAGAGCCAUGAUGGGGUUACUUCGCUUUACCUCCAACUGCGCCAAGUGUCUGUUCUUGUUCUGUCGAUGGUGUCUCUUUCUCUGGGCCGUGCAAUCCAAAAGAUAAGUUUGCUAUGUCCAGUAUUCCUUUUUCCAGUGUUUUUGGCUCUUCUCCGGAUUCCGCUUCUUUCUGUAGGUCUUCUUCGUGAUCUUUCAGAAACCUAUCUUUAUCGUUAACUGAUCUUAUUUUUAUCUUUCUUCCUUUGUAUUUAAAGGAUAAGCCUUGAGGAAAUUCCCACCUAAAGAGGAUUCUAUUUCUUCUCAACAGGGCUACUAGGUCUCCGUAGUUAAACCUUAAGUCCAAAAGAUGUUUUGGAAUGUCCUUAAAUAUCUCCACACUUGAGUCGUAAAUUUCCAAAGUCUUUUGAUAGUGCAAAUUCAAAAUUUUGUCUCUCUCCUCUUUUGUUCGAAGAGUAAUCAAGCAGUCCCUAGCCUUGUUCCUCCUUUGUCCUCUUCCAAGUCUAAAUGCAUUCACUAUCUUAAAUUCUUCCUUCCCCAAGUCCUGUUGCCAAAAAUCUGUAAAUUCCUGUGUAAGGAAUUCAGCCAAAUUGUCUUUCUCACGUUCUGGUACAGCCCUGAUUCUUAGAUUUCUUUGUUUCUCUUUCAAUUCAAUCAUAGACAAUGUCAAACCGUGGUCCUCCAAUUGCUUAUAUACCGGUGGUAUCUUCUCUUGAGUAGCAGUUGCUAUAUCUUUUGCUUCUUCAGCUAUCUUUCGGGUCGAAGCAGAUUCCUGUAAUAAUUUUUCAAUAGACUCUGUAUUGGUAUUCACCUUCUGUCCCAAAUUAUUAAUGCUUGUAGUAUUCAGGUCAAUUUGAACUGAUGCUUCAGCUACUUGUUUAUUUGUCUCGGCUACCUGCUUAGCUAAAUUUUCCAAAGAUUCAUUAAUUUUUCCAAGUGCAUGUGCCAAAACGUCUUCGGACGACAUAGCUUUUGGUUUGACCUGUGGAAGGGCAGCCCCUGAUGUUCCAGAUGCUCCAGAUGUUGAAGCCCUUCGCUGCUGCGCAGUAUCUGUCUGAUAGGGUCUGCCAGACCUGGUUGUUUUUUCCUGCGCCAGCUCUAACUUUCCUCUCGCAUCUGCCAUAACACUCUCAUGAAAAUUCAAGGUCGAUCCCACAGUUGAAAGGUUGUUUUGGAAUGGAAUUUUCCUCUGACCCAGUUGUUAUUGUAGCAAUGUCAAACCUCCUCUAGGGGGACACAGUAACCGCCAAAGCUUGCAACUUUUAAAAAUGAAAAUAGUCCUUAUAAGUUCCCCCAAUUCAUCUAAAAACAACAGUUUCAGUUGCACUUAAACAGUUACUUUAGAACCAGGAGAGGUCCAGAAACACUGUAUCUCUUUUGCAGAGUUAGCUGUCAAAAGUCUACUGCUUACCGAUAGGCUUUCCACUGAACGACGUUCUUUAUCUAGGGGCAGUCCGUUCCCAGGUUUUAGGCAGCGGAUUUUAGCUUCCUUUCCCCCUUUUUUUUUUGCAGAUAAGUACAGUUCAAACCUUCCCCCCUCCUCUCCUGCAAUCCGGAGGGGAGACCGCUUUCCAGAUGUUAAGAUUUAAGUCUUUUUCCAAACGUCUUUCCGAGUUUCCGCUUUACAGUCUCUUUGCUUUGAUCUAUUUACAAGAAAGGAAGGCAGACUUCCUGUUUAUACCUUCCCGCUUCGGUGUCGAAUUAACUUGUUUUUUCUCCUUUUAAAUCCAGUUUAAUCCUACUCACGGGUAGUUGCUUUCAAAGUCCAAUUGUCCCAGGAAAAAGUCAGCGCUCUCCGAUAACGGCUGUGCGGCUUCACUCCACGGAAGAAGCAGUCGACUCUCAGCACCGCGCCGCUCACCCCGUCCCGCUCCGGAGCCCUUAAAAGGGCCCCUUCGCAACUUGGGGGGGCGCAAAAGGUGCCCGCCAAGUCCCCACGUUCACAGGCUUCCCCCGCCUGUAAUUUUUAAAGGGCCCCCGCUUUGCCGCAGCGGUAAGACCCAAUCCCGCGGAGCUGGUCCCUCCGAGACUCAGAGGGAAUCCGCCAUUAACGAUGGCGCUGACCCGGAAGUCCAAUGCCACCACUUCCACUGGGGACAAACCUGUUUCUCAUUGCCCAGCAUAAGCCAGUGAUUCACAAAUCCUCAGUUGAGGAAAGUAUAAUUUCUCAGGGGAAAGAGGAAGCCUUUGCCUAAUGUGGAGGAAGAAGGCAGAACUAUGAUGCUGCUGCUGGGGCAGAGAGCAACCCAGGGGUCAGGGGGCCAAUUGGAAAGUGUUCCAUUUCUAAAAUGUUAGCUUUACCCACUUAUUAACAGCCAAGUUUCUAGUCCACGGGCGGGGGCAAUUGUGACCCUCCAACUGUUGUUGGAGCCUAACUCUCCACAGCCCCCGCCAGCAUGGCCGGUGCUCAGGGAUUAUGGCAGUUGUUGCCCUACAUCAGGAGGGGCGCAGUCUUCCCCAUUCAUUCCUGUUCUGGUCCUUUGGCUGCAGAGUCGUGUGUUGCUGUCAGUGAACACUCACUUAAGUACAGGGCCGUCUUAAGUAUAUCCGGCGUCGUGCUGCAAAGAUCCUCCGGCAGCCACCCCCACCCCCGUUUCCCAGAGUUGCCAACCUUUUUACGGCGCUGCCAGCAGCUUUGUGGGGCUGAAGGAGGUGGGCAGCGGCUGCAGGGCGGCUCCUCUGGCAGGGAAGAGGUGAAGGCUCCGGGUGUGCUGCUGUUUCAGCAAGGCGGGCGAGGGCGGCAAGCGGAUGCUGGGAGGCGCCGCGCCCAUCCUCUGCCUCUUCCCUGGCACCCUCCAGAACUUGGCGCCCUAGCGCCCCACGCCACUUGCCUCUAUGGGCAAGACGCCCCUGGUUAAGUAUCCUGGACCUGUGACAAAGGCUGCCCCUUGCCUGGAUGGGGGAUGCAGAGGAACCUCUGUUUUUGACAGGGCUGGAAUUUAGCCUGCUAUGCAAAGGAAAAAGUCACAGCUGUUGACCCACCCAGUUUUGCCUCUGGCCAUGCCCACCAUCAGCAUGCAGCCACCAAAGAUUUGUCUGCAAGGGAAUGUGGCCCUUAGCCUUGCAAAAGAUUUUUUCCCCCCUUUAAAUGCUGCAUGGUAGGAAAGGCUUCACAUGCUCAAUCCUGCCUGCCUUAACUGUGCUGAGAAAGGUUUAGGAUGCUGAGUGUUUGCCUGCUAUGCUAAAGGCACCCUGGAAAAAACCUUUGCAACUUACCCAAUAACUAGGACAAAAUUACUCAGGGCUGUGUAAUCAGCUGUCUCACCUCCCUUUUUCCUUGCAGGUCAGUGUGGCUCCCCCCAAACAAAAGCCAAAAACACCCCUCUGCUUUGGUAAGUAGAAGGCAUUCCAGGGAAGUGGGGAAGGGAAAGGGCUGGUUCACACAUGCAUGUAAGUCUUCAAAGCACAGUACACUUGAAAACAAGCAGCUGCACUUGCAACCCUUAAUGUUACCUGUGGCUUUUUAACCUUUACGACUUAUGUUUAUGUACACAAGUCAUCACUCAAUGUCACUUUCAGCCAUCAAUUAGGGGACGCUGAUGCAUAAGUUGUCCAUCAAAGAGAAGAUGGACACCAGUGAUUCUGUAAUAUGGUUAUUUAGUUCAAGUCUCCCCAAAAGGGCUCUAAUUUUAUUUCGUGGUUGCAGAGGAAAGCUAACACUAUGCCAGUUAGAUGGCGUUGGCUGAAUGUUGGGCUGCAUUCAGACUUUUGUCACUUCCUGUUUUCAUCAAAGCAUAAUUUGCCAUUACAUUUGAACCAGCAAUCCAUGGUUAAGUUUACCUCCAAAACAUAACUUAAUGAUUUAAGCCCAUUAUACCCAAAAGAGCGUCUCCAUCCCCAUCAUUCAGCCUGGACACUGAGGUCCAGCUCCAUGGGCCUUCUGGUGGUUCCCUCGCUGCAAGAAGUGAGGUUACAGGGAACCAGGCAGAGGGGCUUCUCAGUAGCAGCACCCGCCCUGUGGAACGCCCUCCCAUCAGAUGUCAAGGAAAUAAACAACUGACUUUUAGAAGACAUCUGAAGGCAGCCCUGUUUGGGGAAGUUUUUAAUGUUUGAUUCUAUUUUUAAUAUUCUGUUGGGAGCCUCCCAAAGUGGCUGGGGAAACACAGCCAGAUGGGUGGGGUAUAAAUAAAUUGUUGUUGUUGUUGUGCAUGACAUGUAAGGGGGGAGGCAGGAGAACAGAGCUCAUCUGUUGUCAACCUGCUGCCCUCCAGAUGUGUUGUAACACAACCCCCAUCAGUCCCAGCUGGCAUGUGCUGGCUGAGGCUGAUGGGAGUUGUAGUCCAAAACAUCUGGAAGGCACCAGGUUAGUGAAGGAUGCUUCAGACCAUAGUUUAUAUUUCAAGGAGUGCCUUAAUGCACCUUUGAAGUGGAUUCAGAUUCCUCCCACCCCACCACAAGCUUAUUCUGUGAAUUUGAUUCCCUCCUUUCUCAGCCACAUUUUCAACCCUCGGGAAACUGACUUGGCUAUCCCUCUGGUUUUUGAGAGGAUUUUGUCCAUGCAAACCCUUGCAACCAUAGAAGCCAGAAGAUGUUUAAGGAGCUAAUAUCUGACUUUAAAACAGAGAUGUUUAGAGAGCUGAAUUCUGUGAACCAUAUGCUGCACUCCUUCUGCCCAUCUGCAAAAUGCAUGAUGGUCUUUAUAACCGAACCCCCAUCCAAAAUGUGGUUGUGUACAAGCAGUGAGUAAUAUUUGCUCUAAAAAAAAGUUUUCUUGCAUUUCAACUUCCCAUCGACCUUCCCCAGCACAACAUAUUUUUUAUUUUGCUUUUUUAAUGCAGUUAUCACAGUUGUGAACAAUAAAAAUAUAUUCAAUGAAAUAUCAAUCUUACUCCCCCUAAUAGCAAACUCUGGUCCCAAAGGAAAUGGAGAGAAAAUGAGACCACCCAGAAUACAGAGGAUGGUAUUGGCCUGCCUCAGAGAAUCCUGAAGCUGGCAGAAGUACCAAAACAAACAAACAAACAGAUCCCACCCCUUCUAAAAUUCCAAAACAACCCAAUGAGAAUGGAGUAUUCUCCAAAACCACAGAAUAUUGAGUGUCAUUUGGAAAAAUAAAACAGAAAACGAGGGGUCAGGAGGAGGAGGCAUUGGUCUGUUUGGGACCCUAACAGAAAAGUAGGAAAUUUGUGACCCUUCAGAUGUUGUUGGAUGAUGAUGAUGAUUUCACUUAGAGCCUGGCAUUCCUCCCAAAGGAGGCAAGCACAUCAGUACUAAACACAAUUAAAACCAUUCUAAAAACAGUUAAAAGCAUUCUCUUAGCCAGUGAUUUUGGUUUUGCCAGGAACAGCCAUCAAAUGCCUGCCUAAGCAAGAAUGUUUGUAGAUGCUUCCUGAAUGUCAGUAUUAAGGAAGGCAGACAAACAGGGACCCACCAUUGAAAAGGCCUCAUCAUAGGUCAGUGCAAACCAGGCAGCCCCCAGAGGUGGCACCACCAACAAGGCCUCAGCUGCCAAUUGUAGGGACCCAUAAUCUCUGGCCAUUGGCCAUGCUGGCUGAGUGGGUCUGGUGAGAUUGUAGUCCACAACAUUACUUCAAGGGGUACAGAUUCCCCAUUUAUACUACCUUGGAGGAGAGUGGGUCUGGCCGGCUGGCCAGAACCCUGAACAAGAGAUCUCCUGUUAGAAGGGGAGCAUACAGUGUGGCAUUUUGUUACAGGUCCCACUUGCAGAAUUUAUAAAGGUAAAGGGAGGUAAAGGGACCCUGACCAUUAGGUCCAGUCACGGACGACUCUGGGGUUGCGGCGCUCAUCUUGCUUUACUGGUCGAGGGAGCCGGCGUACAGAUUCUGGGUCAUGUGCCCAGCAUGACUAAGCCGCUUCUGGCGAACCAGAGGAAAUGCCGUUUACCUUCCCACUGGAGCGGUACCUAUUUAUCUACUUGCACUUUGACGUCCUUUCGAACUGCUAGGUUUGAAACCCAGCCAUAAAAACCAAAGCCAAGAACUUUAGAGUGACAUUUGGUUUUAGAUUCCCUAAUGUAGACACCCAUUUAAAUCUAAGUGCUAAGACCAGCAACUAGAUCAGAUUGGAUUCUGUGAGGGCAAAUGCCUUCCAGAACAGAAUUGUUUUCUCCAUCUGAAAGGGGGGGGGGGUGGAGAGAGCUGUUCAGGUGAGCCUCAAUGUCAAAUCCAGCCUAUACGAUUGAAGCAUAUGGCAUCUCCCAAAGAAUCCUGGGAACCGUUGUUUACUCUUCAUAGAGCUAAAUUUACCAAUAGCCUUAACUACAAUUUCCAGAAUUUGGGGUGGGGGAGAAAUGUGCUAUGCCAAACACUGACACUGAUCUCUGUGUCCACAGUUAUUAAUGCAUUGUCUCAGCGCUAUGUUUUGCAAGCCAAUGACCAAAAGGACCUGCAGGACUGGGUGGAGGCACUAAAUCGGGCCAGCAAGAUCACGGUAGGUUUGCCCAGUGCUUUGGGUAUCUUUUUGGUGUUCAGUGGAAAGAAGGGGUCAUGUUGGUUUCCUUUUACUCAGGCUUUAAUCUGGUUGGAAUGUAGGGAUUUCUUUCCUUUCCUUUCAGCUGAAUUAUGUGGGCAUCUUGGCCAAAAUCCUAAAACAUAAUUGAACAGGUGGAGUUCAUUAACUUGGGGGAAGGGGAAGGAGAGGGGUCUGUACUCUCCUACAGGGAGUAUGUCUUAUCUUUCUCUCCCCCCCCCCAUUAUUCUUUUAUUCAUCCUGAUUAGUUUGCAGGUAGAUCAGACAAUGUUACCUAUUAAAUGAGCAUUCAUUCUGAUUUGCUUAUGGGGAAGUUAAACAACAUUGCAUCAAAGCAAAUGUUAUUCCACACUUUACUUUGCUGUCAUUUACCUUAUUGCAAAAAAUGUGGCCUUUGAGGAAGUGGGUUUGUUGUACAAGACCUCCCACUCAUAAUUGUUGAACCAAUUUUUGCUGGUAUAUGACUGAAUCCCAUCUGAAAACACUGAUUAUCUGGAAGUGCCCAAUGUAAAAAGGCAGUGUAGAAAGUCUUUAAAUAGUAAAGUAAGAAGUAAUAACAAACAGGUUCCUCCUCCACUUUUUCCUUAACAACUCACCCCAGGAAAUGCAAAAUAGAUAGAACACCCGGGACACAAAUAGGAAAAAGGCCCUAUAAGCUGUCAGUAUUUUAUAGCCUGAAAAGUCCUGUACUACCACAGGCAGGGAGGGGGGCACCCACAGCACUUUGUUACGCUUCCCCAGCCAUUUAUUCUAGUUAAAGUUACUUCAGGAGAAUUGAAAAAGCAACUGCAAUUGGGCACCUGCAGACCAGCAAGGCUGAGCAAUUUUACAAAUUGCAUGGAUUUAGAAUUUAUUCAGAGUAAUUCUGAUAGGUGGGGUGAAUUUGCAGGUUCUGAAGAACUUGAGUUGGUUUAAUUGCCAUUCUCACUCACCUAGCAGAAAACAGGAACAGGAGUCCAGUAAGAAGAAAGAGGGGUUAGACAUUAGAGUAGCCUUCCCCAACCUGCCCCCCCCCCAGCUGUGCCCAACAUGUAGUAAAAGUUGUCCUUACCACUUGCCAGACCAAUGCCAAACCAAUCUGAGAUACCCUGGCAUGUGAUAAUUCUCCCCAGGGCAUUUUACCCAUCUACAUGUGUUCUAUAUGCCAUGAAAAAAUGGGCUGCUGUUAAUAUACCCUCUUUUCCAUGGUGCAUACAUUGAUUUAUACUAUAAACUGUGAUCUUUGGAUGAAAGGCAGCAUAUACAUCUAAUUUGUUGUUGUUGUUGUUUACAGAAUUUGAACAAGCUUGGCCCUGUAAUUCAUGACAUGAGAAAAGCAAACAUUUGUUCCUAGUUAGCAAAGAUAGGGAACCUGGGGUCCUCCAAAUGUUGUUGGACUACAACUCCCAUCAUGCCCUGACCAUUGACCAUGCUGGCUCGAGUUGAUGGCAGUUGGAGUCUAACCAUCUCUGGAGGGCCACUGGUUUCCCAUUUCUUUUGUAAGAGUUGUUCUAAAAACAACAACAACCUAUAAAAGAACUACCCACAUUUUUGGUGUGAUCACCUGGAAGCGGUGUAUUGUGUAAAUUUAACUCCCUGAUGGAGGGGGAAGACACUCUCUUUUGCUUUAGUGGUGACAUGUAUAUGGAACCCGAAACUUCUCUAGCCGAACCUAGGAAGCCCCUUGCUUUAGGGGCCAGCUUAGAGGGAUGUUUCCUUCUCUCCAUGAUGGCAGGUGUUUGCCACAUCAUAUGGAACCUUGGGUUGAGGAUGCCAUGCUCGGUGUGUUGAUGGCUCUGGCAUUGGGGAAGUGUGUGUGGUGCAUCUUGUAUCACUACCAACACCUGCGGUUGGAAGAUCAAAUGCCUCCUGCCUGCUGCCUUUUGACUCUCCUCCUGCAUAGCUUACAUUAGACCUGUUGCCAAGCUGCAGCUGCAGGGAUCUAAGCCUGUGGUUUUUUUGUCCAGCUUCCUUGGAGACGGGCCAGUGGCUCCCCACUGAUCAAUAGGGACGGAAAGUUUUCCUGAAAGGCAGCUUGUGUGCCAUAUAGCAGUUACUCUCUGCCAUUGGUUGCGUUUGGAGGCCUAGAGGCAUCUUCUAAGAGCAUUGGGGAGAUGCACAUGGGCUGUGUAGCAAAGGACAAGUCGAUCAGUUUCGGUGUCUCAUUUUUCUUGUCUUAGAAUCAGGCCUCCACAUUUUUGAAGCAAUUUGUGUGUCUUUUUAAAAAAACCACUCUUGAAAAUCCAUCAGCAUUUUUAUGUGAAUUUUUCCUAUUAAACAUAUUGUUGUGUGCAAUUUUGACUCACACACACAUCUUUGAAAGUAAUUUCCCAUAAUAAAAUUCAUUUUUGCAUGUUGUUUACACUAAAAUAGGGUGGGUUGGUUUUGUGGGGGGGUUUUUGCACACUUUCCCCUAAUAUGAUACAUUUUGUACUCACUGGUUGGUUGGAGUAAUUUAGAGUAGUAUGAGGUUUGCAUAUUGGUUCAAGACAUGCAAAUUAGGUGGCUUCCCAUUGAAAGGCAAAGAAAAUCAAGGUGUCCCCCCCCCCUAUCUUGGGUCCCAAUUGCACUAUACAUUUAAAGCAGUAUCAUAGCUGUUUAAGCAGUCAUGGCUUCCCCAAGGAAUCCUGGCGUCUGAAGUUUGUUAAAGGUGCUGAGGGUUGUUAGGGGACCCUUAUACCCCUCAAAGAGCAACAAUGCCCACAGUGGUUUAGGGACCAAUCCCUCUUCACAGGGAAUGCUGAGAACUGCCGCUCUGUGAGGGCGAUAGAGGUCUCCUGUCAACUCCGCCACCCUGCAAGGAGAAGGGGCAGGAAGUGUUUUUUGGUAGAGCUCUGUGGGCAUGGCUUAUGCCCCACUUGCCAGAAUGGUUGGCCACUGGUGCCUUAAAUACAGGGAUGACUUGACAGCAACUUGACUAAAUUCCCCAUAUCCACUCACCCUGUAAAAUCGCUGUGCUGCUUCUGAAACAGGAAGAUGUGCUCCUAUUACAUGCUUGUUUCCUGUUUCCCUGUCCAUGAGGGCUGGCUACUUCCCCUUCAGCUGGCCAAACUUGACUCUCGAAAACUGGUUGCUGUUUUGGAACAUGGAUUAUUAUCUUAAGAACUGAGAAAUGAAUAUGAAAGGAAGCCUUUUUAGAUUCCUAAAUCUAGGCAACAGGGACUUCCUUUGCACGCUGUGUUAUGGUUAGGCAUACAUCUAAGAUGUAUUAAAUGUGAGCACCAAGUGGGGGCAAAGUUGUGUUUGCAAAUAUGGUGAAAUAACUCGGAGUCAAGAGUGGAUUUCAUGCUCUUUAUUCAGCUCAUAGUGAUGAGGAGGAAUGGAAGUUCCCCCAGAAUGUCUGCUUUAUAUAAAUUAUUUACAUAAUGGGUCCCACGUGAUUGGCUAAUUCUGGGAUUCUCCUGCAGGCCAAUCAGGUUGCGGAUUCACUUCUACCUGGAGCUGGAUUGGGUGGCUCCUGCGGACCAAUCAGACUGCUGCAUUCUGAAUCCUAUUGUUCUAGGACCAAUCAGACUGCUGCGUUUUGGAUCCUAUUCAAUUCAGUACAUAACAUAUGUGUAUCAUUAAAACACCAGAGGAGAGCAGCCUCAGGCCUGGGAGCCAAACGUGGCCAGUUAGGCUUCUCUCUGGCCUGCUCAUCCCUUCCUCAAAGGCCUUUGACUGCUCAAAUGUGUCCUUGAAGUGUGAUAAUGCCAGGAGAGGGAAAUGUGUGUAGAAACCUCUGACUUUUGUCACCAUGUGGGCCCUGGAAGGUCGCCCAUGUGGGAAUAAGACCCUGACAGGCAUUUGCUAGGGUCAAAAUUGCCAAUAGCUUCUUCCCACACCAAGUGCAGGGUGAAGGUAAUUGCUCUUUGCCCAUCCCUGCAUUACUCUAUGGCCUGAGGGCCACGUGAGACCCUCACUCUAAUUUCGUGCAAGUGGCAGUGGGCAGGUAGGGGACAGGGGAAGAAGUUGACAGAAAUCAACAGUGCUCUCCAGCCACUUCCAGCCCUGUCCUUUCCCUCUACUGGCCCCAGCCCCAACCCCCAGCAGCAUAUAGCUCCAGGAAGGUCAAAAUCUGAUGAAAUGAGCCAUUGAUGAGCCUAAACUAGUGGCUUUGCUGAGAAGCAGAAGAAGCCUUCUGCUGUGAUGUUGCCUUCAUGCUGUGAUGUGUCUGGUUGGCCACCAUGGGGAAAAGAGUGUGUGGGAUUAGAUGGAAGCUUGCCUUUGUUCCAGCAGAGCCCUUUUAACCAUCUUAUGGGGAACUUGCAUGCAGACAGCCUCUGAAAUUCCUUCCACGUAUUGGCUGUUUGAGAUCAGUUCUGGAAUGUUAUGUACCGGACCAGCUGAGGCGGAGAUCUGGGUCACGUAGGUGUUAGCCUAGUAAAAGCCAGUUUUACCUGCCCAGCCCACAAAGUACCUUCACCUCUUUGAUGGAAGGUUGGAAAGUGAAUCCUCCCAGCAUUUGCUACCAGAUUGUAGAAAGUUCAGAAAAUAGAUACAUGAGUGGCUCCAUAUAAAAAUAUGGAAGUUGUAGCAAGCUUGGUGUGAGCUCAAUGUUGGAAACAGAGUAAGAUACUAAUUUAAGAAGAAUGGCUGUAGAAAUCAUGGGCAGUUCUGUCUAAUUUAAUACAAGGGAAUUUUAUUAUUAAUUUAUAUAACGGUUACUUCAAUGCAUUUUAGAAUUAGGCAUAGUGAAGCCUAUUGAAGGUGGUGCAAUUAAACAAGACUUGGGGCUCAUCCAGACUUCCCACCACUUUCCCCCAGGGAAACCCAAUCUUUAGCACUCAGAGUAAACGUCAAUCAGGUUUUCUCCAGAUUGACAUUUGCCCCAAUUUAAAGCAAAAGGGUAGGUUUUCCUGUGGCUUUUUUUCAGGGGGAACUCACCGGAACUCAUUUCUGGCCCUGUCAGGUGCCAUUCUACGAGAAAGAAGGAGGUGCUCAUGGUGAGUUCUAGCACCUCUUUUGCUAGAAAAAUAGCACUAGGAAAGGAGCCAGGGAAGGGGAAAACCACUAGGACCCAUGCCUAGAAAGUGUGGGUCAAGCAGAAGUGAAAGCAAGGCACUUUGGGAAGGAGGCGUGAGGCUCUGACAGGGUCCGAGAGUCCUCCUUCCUCCUUCCCAAAUGCUAGUUUGUGCAUUCCCAGCUUUGGGAAAGAGUUGGGAGGGCUCUAGGACCCUGUUAGAGCCUCACAACACCUUUCCAAAGCCCAGCCAGCCAGUGUGGGGACUGGAGGGAGCAUAAAAUUUUGACCUCGCUCCCCACUGCCUGUGUGACAAGGCUGUGGUAUGAAAAGUUGGACCAGGGCUGAAGUACAAAGACAUCUUUGCUAGUGCUGGAAAGAUGAUAUAUAGAUCCCAUUAAAGAGUUCUGGGUCUUUAAAAAUGUACAAUUUAAAAAUACUAUCAAGAAUGUGCAACACAUAUGCAAGAUUCCAUAAAUCAGAUUUUGUGCUGGGGUGGGGGCUCUUGUGUCAUUCAAAUCCAACUAGUCCAUCUGUCAAAAAAUAUUCGAGCAAAAUAAUUUGAUCUUAAAGCACAACUUUUUUCUUUAGUACAGGUAUAUCAUGCAAAUAAAUGCAGCCCAUUAUUUCCAGUAUGCCUCCCUAUUUCAAAGUGGAGUACUGCAGGAAUUCUACAAAUCAGCUGGACUCUUUGCUGGUCUUGGAUAGAGCAUGAGACUCUUAAUCUCAGGGUCAUGGGUUUGAGUCCCACAUUGAGCAAAAGAUUCCAGCAUUGCAGGGGGCUGGACUAGAUGACCCUCAUGGUCUUUUUCAACUCUAUGAUUCUAUGAAAUCCUUGCUGAAUGGAAUUUCAUAUACAUUCUCAGGUGUCACUCUAGCAAUUGAUAAAAGCACUUCAAAAAAGGGUACAUUUGGAGGGAUUUAGAAGGAUGCUGUCUCUUGUAGCGAGAGCCUGGCAGAUUUUGAGAAGGCAGUUGUUUGGUUUUGGGCACGAGACAUAACUUGUCCUUUUCUCUCUCUUAGGUUCCAAAGGGUGAAAGUUUCCCUCCAACUGCAGAAGUUGUCAAGCGUCCCUACAGGACUGAGAUCAUUGGUGGGGUGGUUGUGCAGACGCCAAUCUCAGUCAACCAGGUGAGAAGGGAAUGGCUGGUCAGCCAAAUCUGUUGCUUUGGAGAAGGGAUGGAGAUGGAGAAGUUUACAGCAUUUUUUUACAGCAUUUCUACCCCACUCUGCAGCCAAAAAGGCCCCCAGAGUGGCUUACAUAAGACCAGUUUAAAAGCACACAGCCUGUGCCUGCAGCCUUACAAUCUAAAUACAUAGCACAAAAGGAAAAAGGUAUGAGGAGGGAAGGAGAAAAUAAGCAAACUUGGGCCCAGACAGGGCUUGUGGAGGCCUGGUGAACAUAUAAUACGUAGGCAUGAGUCCUUCUAAUAAUGGGUUGGUCCCUUGACCCUGAUCAAAGAUUCCAUGGAGCCAUGGUUUUGUUUCCAGAAGGGUAGUUGCAUGUAAUGAUCUCAGGCAGGCAAGCAAGCCCUGAUAAGAAUUAACAAGUCUCUGGCAGUUUUAUGGUACGUUUAUUUAUAAAUUACAUCCAGAGCGUGGCUCCCAGCCUGCCGCACUUGGAUGCAAGUUGGUCACUCUGAGUCUCCGCCCCUGUCACAGCACGAAGGGCACCAGAGUCCAGUCCUUCCUCUCUUGCACUUCUGUUGCAUUUUAACCCAUUCAGCUCUUCUGGUUCGGGGAGAAGGUGAGUGGAAUUCCACCCCCACCCACCCCGCUCUUAAAAGAAGAGCCUUCUGAACGCUGUUUCUCACCUGGUUGCAUAGCAACCUCCUCAAUGCCGUCUAUCUCUUCCCCUCCCUCUGCCUGCGAGCUCUCCGAGUCUGCUGCUCUAUCGGAGUCUGGAAACUCUUGGUGAAGGGGGGGGGCAAGCUAACCCACUCCUGCUCUGUCUGCAUUCUUUCAUCUUCAGAGUUUGACUCUUCCCAGGCGUUCGAUUCAGUCACGUCCCUGACACUGCAUUAGUCAGUCUUGUGGCAAAAGUAAGUCUUGUGUCACUUUAAAUUUUAACACAUUUAUUCUGGCAUAUGCUUCAAUGGACUGGAGUCUUCUUUGACUUCAGGUGCAGAUAAUUCUAUUAUGAGUUGGGGGGGUCAGUCAGGAUGAUACCCUACAUCCCAAAGUUGUAGUCCUGUUUAUGUGGGGUAGAAUCGAUAAGAGGACACUGACCCAACCAGUCCCUUAGUUAAUAGUUAACCAGUUAAUACUGUGAUUAAUAAUAAUAAUAUAAAAUUAUUAUGAUUUAUGAGUCUGCAGAGGUUGCCCUAGAGACAAAUGGUUGCCUCACCCAGGAUGGAGAGCAAUAGGUAAAGGGGGCACUGUGCAUGGGGCGGGGGCCAGUGCUGGAAGCUGGAGACACAUAGACAUGUCUUGUUCCGUGCUGGGCUUGGGGCUAAUGGGGAAGCAAGAUCUGUUGGAGUGGUGAUGCUGCAAUCCCUUCCAUCCUGUGCUUGCAUUGCGUGCAUGUGUACACAAAACAAUACGUCCUAAAAGACACCACAGUCUGUGCUGACUUGCAUUCUAAAGAAACUGAACCCUGGGGAAGCACCCCUGGAGUCUCUCACCACUCAGAGAUUGGGGCUUGCGUGCAACAAUGUGCACAUUGCUUUGGGUGGAAAUGUAAGCAGUGAGGGCAAUGCAAUGCAAAAAUUCAGGCAAUGACCCGGUUAGCUGGGAUGCAUGCCAAAAAAGCACAACAAUCUCUUGUAGUAGCAGUGAAGGGUGAUAAAGUGAACAGCAUGGCAGUGAGUCCUGAUCUGACUCAAGAGUGGGGAAGCUGUGGUCCUUCAGAUGUUGCCCCUUCCAACUCCCAUCAGCCAGCAGUCAGGGAUGAUGGGACUUGGAGUUCAGCAACAACUGGAGGGCCAAAGGUUAGCUACGGCUGCCAUGAGGACCUAAACAAAGCCCAGUAAAAUAAGUGCAAAGAGCCUCCCAGUGCAUCAUCUUAUUUCCCAAAGUGGUCAGCCAGGUGUUUCUGGCAAGUUCCAGGUGAUGGAUGGUGCUGGCGGAUGCGACUGAUGGGAGCUGGAGUCUCGCAGCAUCUGCAGGGCUGCAGCUUCCCCACCGCCUGCUGGUACUUAGGCAUAAGCAAAACUAAGAUGAAAAUGAGACAUCCCAGCAAUAAUACCACCCUGCCCAACCCUUGGGCAUCACAAAAUCUGGGGCGUAGCAGCUGCUUUGCCUCCUUGCCAAAUGGCCUGUCAUGCCUCAUUAACUUGCCAGAGAAAAGUGUGCCACCCUCCUCUUUUUAGCAGUGUGUGCCUUUUUUUAAGAGGAAGCUGCUCAUCCUGUGAUGCAGGAUUCAGAAGGUUAGGGAAGAGACUGGAGGAGCAGGAGCGUUUUCCUUUGAGCCAUGACUUGAAAUGUGGCUAGGAAGCAAAAAGAACACAGUGGUACCUGCCAAAUAAUGUUGCCAUGCAGAGUGCUUCUCUCCAGGAAGCCAGCAGCCAGGUCUUUCUCUAGAAAGCACUUUUCCUUCCUGUUCCCCCUAGUUUUCCAUCCCCCCCCCCAUGCCUACUGGGCAGGUGCAGAAUGCCUUCACCUUUACUAGUUGUGGAGAAGAUGGAAUUUUAGCAGGUGUAGUUUGCAUGACAAGCUACACAUCUCCUCAAAUACGCUGUUCUAUUCUUCUCCUAUUGUGGUUUACUUAUAUGCUGCUUUUUGGCUCAGUGGGCUCCUAGUCAUGAACUGUGUAUUGAUACAGUGAAACCGGGGUUACCUGGGGGCCACUCCUGGAGGCACAGGCAUGUGCAUCUUGCAGAGACCUUCCCUGGCGCCAGAGAGUCACAUCCCCCAGCUGAAAUUAGGCUCAAAAGAAGCCUUCUUUAGCCAACAGAAGCCGUCUUUACAGUAGCCAAGAGUUGCAGCACACCUGUGGUGCACACAACAGUUUGCAAACGUUCCCAUAGGUCCCAAAAGGUUGCCGACCCUUGCAAUAGCAAAUGCAGUAACCCAGCCAGAUGGGUGGGGUAUAAAUAAUAAAUUAUUAAAUUAUUAUUAUUAUAGUACAAUUAAAGCGCAAUACAAAAUUACACACACUGUAGGGAUCAUCUAUGCAGUUGUUGAAGAUGCAGAUUCUGUGUCCUUUCUCUCUGUGUCUAUCUUUUACCUGGCCAUCUUAGCAUUCAAACAAGUGGUUCAGUGCCAGGAAGGACUAUCCUGUGUACUUUUGCUGAACAUGUAGAUUGACUUCUGGUUCUAUAUCCCAGUAUCCUAAUUACUGGCUUUGCUGGCCUGUGGUUCUCGGGCUGCUAUCCACCCUGAUCCCUCAGGACAGGGCAGGAUAGGGCAUGAAAGAAACAGUGCCAACCAACCCAAUAGGUACAGAGUACUUGAACUACAAGAGGAAGUCUUUCCAGCUUUUCAUUACAGCUGUUGCCAGUUGCAUGUCUCCCUUAAUUAAGGCUUGGCCCCACAUGUUUAAUUAAAUGGCUUGGCUGUGCAUAUCACACACUCACUCAACCUCUAGAUGCUCUGCUCCAUUCUGCUGAGAACAAACAGCAGGUAUCCAUAGUUUCUGUGUCCAAUUAGCAGAGCCAGUUUAAUUGCUGACCUGUGACUGCUUUGCACAAAAGUAGAAUGAGAUGGUAGAGAAUCAUAGAAUCAUAGAGUUGGAAGAGACCACAAGGGCCAUCGAGUCCAACCCCCUGCCAAGCAGGAAACACCAUCAGAGCACUCCUGACAUAUGGUUGUCAAGCCUCUGCUUAAAGACCUCCAAAGAAGGAGACUCCACCACACUCCUUGGCAGCAAAUUCCACUGUCGAACAGCUCUUACUGUCAGGAAGUUCUUCCUAAUGUUUAGGUGGAAUCUUCUUUCUUGUAGUUUGGAUCCAUUGCUCCGUGUCCGCUUCUCUGGAGCAGCAGAAAACAACCUUUCUCCCUCCUCUAUGUGACAUCCUUUUAUAUAUUUGAACAUGGCUAUCAUAUCACCCCUUAACCUCCUCUUCUCCAGGCUAAACAUGCCCAGCUCCCUUAGCCGUUCCUCAUAAGGCAUCGUUUCCAGGCCUUUGACCAUUUUGGUUGCCCUCCUCUGGACACGUUCCAGUUUGUCAGUUUCCUUCUUGAACUGUGGUGCCCAGAACUGGACACAGUACUCCAGGUGAGGUCUGACCAGAGCAGAAUACAGUGGCACUAUUACUUCCCUUGAUCUAGAUACUAUACUCCUAUUGAAGACAGUGCCACUUUAGACUGCAGGGAGAUGCCAUUUUUUAAAGCAUUUCUUAGUUUAUUGAAAGUGUUUUUACCCCUCUCUUCAGUCCCAGGUCACUUUUAAAAGAUGAGUAUAUAAGACAGUCCCUGCCCUCAGGCCCACAAUCUAAAAGACAGGACACAAAAAGGAAGAGGAACUGUGAGACUGUGAGGUGGAAAUCAAACUCAGGCCCUAGUUCUUUGUCAUGUCCCGAUGGAAUGAAGUGGAGGAGCCAAAUGUCGCUGAGCUGAGUUGCUUCUUCUCAUGCCCAUGCUGAAGCCUGAUGGAAUAGGUGCUGCCAGGUGACCUUUGAUGGAAGAAGCCUCGAUAGAACGGGCUUCUUAGCUGAGCUGACAGGAGCCCAGCUUUCAAGCUCUUCCUCUUCUGCAGCCUGGUGGAAUGGCUGCAGCAAGGCGGCAGCUGAGAAGGACAGAGGAAAAGCCUGAUGGAGCUGGCUUCUCAGCAGAGCCAAAUGAGUUGAGCAUCUAGCUUUUCAAACAUAGUGCAAUUCUACUUCUUCCCUCUCUGAGCUGUGGGAAGAAGUAGGAAACAGGCAAGGAAACAGGCCCAUGCGGCAUGGCCACUGUCACCCUAAGGUAAUCACUUCCAAGAAAAUAAUAACAACAAUAAAACCACCACAUCCAUGAGAGAGCUUCCAGCCCACUGCUAGAUUUCCACUUGUGGGGAAUGUUUUACACAAGGGAGCAUUCAAAAAUAAUUCCUACCACAUGCUCUUCAAAAAAGCAUGCCUGUUGCCUGCUUUGCUGUCCUUCCGGUGACAGAGAGAGACCUUUUAUUUCCCCCGGCUUUUAGUUUUAGGAUGGAAACUGUUUUAUUAACUGCUGCUGUUGCUUUGUAUUGUUGUAAACAGAUGUUUCCUCCUCCCCAUGUCCAAUGCUCUGCGCUGCUGUCAAGGUCUGGCCAGCUUGAGUGGGAUUGUGGAGAAUCCCACUCCACAAUCCCACUCCUAGCUCUUCCCCAACAUGGCACAGACACUGGGGAGGGGUGCUUUGUUGUGGGCCCUUCAGGCCAGGGGAGCCUGGUGCCCCAGUGGAGCACGUUGGCUACCUAAAAUGUGCCACACAAUGGCGCCCAGUGUCUGCCCCAUUUUUCCUUUGGGGACUGCAUUUAUUCAGAAGCAAUAAGCAGGCACUCACCCAUGAAAUUUAUGCAGCCAGCAAAAGCCCACUUUCUUCUUUGAAGAGCGAAGCCUUUGGCUCCCAUUCUGUAGAAGUCAAAGCUGCAUCAGAAGAACAGUUUGCUUUAUUCACUCUCUCUUUAGCCAAGGGGAGCUUGUGAAAGCCUAGUGUUUUGUCACUGGCUUAUUUUUCCGCAUUUCUGUUAAUUGUGGGUGAAAAAAUUCAUUUCCCAUGUCACACACCACUUCUCUCUUUCUCUUCCCUUCCCUUCCCUUCCCUUCCUUUCCCUCCCACUCCAUGUGGCAAGGAAGCUGUUUUCUCAGGUCGGUUUUGUGCUUUGUGGCAUCCUUAAGUGGUGUUGUCCUGAAAGGGACCCCAGAAUCCCAAUUUUAGCCAGUACACGAUAACAAGAUUGGGCCAGGUCUCUGGGAAAUUACAAGCAGACCUUGCCCUGAUGGUUUCCAGGACCAGUGGCUUUAUUUGGAAAGGACCGCUUUAUUCACCAGGUUGGGAUGCUAGAGGAAUUUAUUUGUUUGCAAAUUCCACUCAAACUAAUCUGAUCUGUAAUUCCAGACUAAUAUGCACACAAUAAUGCAUAUCUGGAUUUCACACUCCUCAAAAUUUUGCAAUGCAAUUAUAGCCUCACACACAAAACUCCAAACUGCUUAUAAAAAUGUUUGUUUUAAGAUAAAAGUAAUGUUUAGAAAUGUUUGAGAGAGAAUACAUAUUCUAAUUUGAGUCUUCCUGCAAUUCUUGUUAUAAAGUUACAAUAAAAAAAAUUUAUAUUAGAUCUUUUCAAAAAAUUGAUUUUUGGGAGAGAAUACAUCAUUUAAAGAUGAUUUUUUUUGUGCAAUUAUUAAUUAUUAUUUUAAAAUUUAAUCCAAAUUUUGUGUUGUUGUUUUUUAAAAAAUAAAUUUUAAAAGUUUUAUUUUAACAACUGGAUGCUGUGUCCAUCCCUGUCCCCAGGAAAAGGCAAAUGACUGGAUUAUUCAUACAAGGCCCAGUCAUUCCAGGAGCUUUGUUCUGCCACCACUGGGAGCUGGAGUUACACACUUGCAUUCCCUUUCAUGCCCAGAGAGGGCGCACAGGCAUAGGCAAUUUAUUAAGCUAGGAAAAUGCUGGGUAUCACUUUGUAUCCCAUCCUAUUGUUGCAUGCACCCAGUCUCCAAACAGCGAAAGACUUCAGGGGUUCCAGUGCUUUUGCAGGGUUUGGUUUCCUUGGAAUGAAGAUCAACGGAGACUGUGGUAUCCUUAGGAUUUAUGGUUUUGUUUACAACCUGACCAUAAGAUGGAAGGGCUCACAGCAUUAGCACUGCCAAAGAGCUUGCCUCCCAUUUCGGUUCCCAGGGAGAUCUCCGAACCAUGAGCUUUGGGUCCAGCAUGGAGCAAGACGAGCCUCUGUGCUGCCAGCUUCCAGCACUGGCCAAAGCUCACGCACAAAGCACAAGCUAUUGCUCUUCUACCUUACAAGGUGGUGUUGCUUCCAGUUGGGUGAGGUGGGAGAGGAAGGUUGCACCCAUUUGUCUCUAAGGCAACAGGGCAGCCUCUCUGGACCUGUAAAUGGUGGCAAUUAGCUGGUCAGCUGAGGACACUAUCUUACAAAGGAACGGAUCUGACUGGCUCAGCGGCCUCUAAUGCUAGUUUUGAAAUCUCCUCGAUACAGAAUUACAGGCCUUGAUAUAAUCCCAAUUGACGUCACUCAGUCCAAGGUCUCAUACCAUUCUCAUGUCUGAGUUAGGCUGACCGAGAAUGCCUGGCUCUGAGUCACCCAGGGAGCAUUGUGGUUGUGCAUGGAUUGGGGACUCCGCUUCCUUGUCCCCAAGGCCAGCAAUCUCACCACUGCGCUGGGGGUAGUGGUGGCAGACAUCAGGCUUGCAGGAUCUACAAACUCCACAGGUCCACCCACCAGACCCAUGUUCAAAAUAGUGGUGCGGGUGGGGCGUGCUCACUUGAAAGCAGCAGGGAGUCUCUGAGCACAUGCACACCCAGCAAUUUGUUUUUCAGUAUCAGUCCUUCUGCACAAAAAUCAGCUCCUGGUUUCCACCUAAACUUGGUUUGAUUCAGCAGCCUAAUUUGGAAGAGGAAAAUCUUUCAGUUGUUGGUAUUGUUAAUAAUCUGGGAGUCAGAAGCCCUUGUCCGAUGGAGUGCAAACUGCUCCCAGCGCUCCCUUCUGCACCGCCUUGGCUUGGCUCUCAAUUAAUUUUAUCCACAUAAAUGACCAUAAAGAAGGGGCAAACUGGGCCAGAUGCCAUUUAUUCAGGAAGCAGUGGUGCCAUUACAUGAGUGGAUUUUGCAGACUGAUGCAAACUGGGACCCUGGAGUUAGGAGUAGCAGGCUUUAUCCCUUUGCUUCCUGCUUCCACCUAUUUCAGGAAAGAGCUCAGUUAGGCCAUCUGCUCUGCCCCAAGUAGGACUGGGAUAGACCCCUGUCUGCAACCCCAGAGAGCUGCUGCCCAUCAGUGUAGACAGUACCAGAUUAAAUAGACCAGUCAUCUGGCUUGGUACAAAGUUCCUAUGCUGAAGUAGGAAUCGGCUGCUAUUUGAAUUGUGGGGAAGAGGGAGCUCUCAUUUAUAGUAGGUAAGGAGUAAGGCACCUAUUAACCUCCUGCCCCCACAAACCACGGUCCCAAUCCUGACCAAGGCCCCUAUGCCUGCAGUUUACUAAUGACGAAUUGCAUACAAGUGUUGUAUAUAGUUUGACUCUUGGGGUCUUGUGUGGCAGUUAUGGGACUUUGGCAAAACAGAUGACCAGUGUUCCUUUCCUGUCCAGCCUCAGUGGCAGCCUGAUUCUUGGUGUGUGUGAUUUCUCCCUGCUCCCCUUCUCUCGUAGAAUGGAGGGGAUGGCUCCGAAAGCGGCGAGCCAGCAGUGCAUCCUCUUCUGAAACGGUCCCAGAGUUACAUCCCCAGUACCAAAACGCCACCUGGGCCACCUGUCCUCAAGAGCGGCUACUGUGUCAAGCAAGGGAAUGUGGUAGGUCUCUGCCCUUGCCGGCCUUGGUGAUGAAGUGGUGCUGGGUUUUAAAACCUGGUGCUUCCGUUGUGGGUGAUGAAAUCGUCCAGUGAGGCUCGGGGCGGGGGGGGGGGGACUGAACAUGAAGGUGGUUGUGGUGACUCCUGGAGAGAAUUCCAGGUAGCCCCACAGCAUUUUGCUGCCUGAGAUGGAGUAGCAAACAGUGUCAGGUCUCUAGGGAUGGGGAAGAAAUCCGUUUUGGUUCACAUCUGACGCUGAGCCCACUUAAUUUGCACUAUCUGAAAUAUUGCAUACCAAAACACAGUGUUUCUUUUGAAAUUUUGAAAUUCUCUGAGUUUUGCAAUGACACUCUCUAGCCAGGCAGUGUGCACAAAAAUGCAUAUACUCAGGUAAGGUGUGCAGAGAAAUGCACAUACGUUAGUGGGGGGAAAUGUGAAAGUGUAUAUUUGGCAAAGUUAAAUAAAAACAGUGUAUAUUAGGAGAGAUUUGCACUAAAAUGCUGAUAAAUCUUUAUGAGGACUUUUAAAAAUGCAUUUUACAAACUCAUGAGGUAAUGUGGAGAACUGAACUGAAGACUGAGAGAAAGUGAAACUGAGAAAUUCACCUAUCUGUAGCCCCCACCCCACCCCCUCAAGUUAUAGUCAUGGUACCUAAGUUAUCUUGGCACCUGAGACAGCACAUUUCAUAAGCACCUCCCCUCCUCAUCUGGCAGUAAAAAUACAUCAAUAGUAAAUUUAAAAUAGCUACCAGUUUUCUGUCAUUUCAAGACAAAAACAUUCCACCUGGGACAGCUGCCACAUCCUGUCUAAUGGUAGGGCCGGACCUGUGAGAGACCCUUUUGAGUGGAUACGCUGGCCUCCAAUUCCCAUCAGCCCCAGUCAGGAAUGCUCAGAGUUGUAGUCCAACAACAUCUGCAGGGAUUCCCCCAGUCCCGAUAGGGGUCAGGCCAAGGGUCUGGUUCCCAUGCUGUCCUCUGCUUGUCCCCAACACUGACCAUUCAGAGCCUCUGUACACAAGGGCUCUACUUUGUUAUUAUGCCUGUGGGUGAGGAAUCCCAUCCCGAAACUAUCCAUUCUUGUACGUUGUUUUGAAAAGCUAUCUAACCUGGUGGCAGCAAAUCACACAGGUUAAGUCUGUAUGGUGCAGAGAGCAAGAUCACAGGCUCUUGUGAUGUGGAGUGUUUGGGACAGCUGUGGAAGACUUUGAUAGAAUAUAUCAGCAUCCAAAAGCGGUUGUUUCUGUCUUUUAGAGGAAGAGCUGGAAACGGCGGUAUUUCACCCUGGAUGACUUUUCCAUCAGUUACUUCAAGUGUGAGCAGGUAAGCCGAGGGCACCAACCUUUUUGGACCAGUGGGCACAUUUUGCAUUUUGAGAGAGUGCUUCGGGUGCCAGUCACAAAAUGGCUGUGAUGGGGCAGGUGCACCACACAAAUGGGCUGCCACAAGGAACAUGGCACAGCGCAAAACUAGAGAAACAGCCACCCUUGGCAUCCUGCCCUUCCUCCUAAAGACAGCAACAGGGAACGUUCCUACUAAGAAGAAUGUACUGGUUGGCUACUCCACAUUCGCCUUCAUUUUUCAGAAAUUGCUUAAAACGUAACUGCACAUUUUGCUCUGUAACUUUCUUUCUAGAAGGGCUAGAGCAGGGGUAGUCAACCUUUUUAUACCUACCACCCACUAAUGCAUCUUUCUUGAUGGUAAAAUUUUCUUACUGCCCACCAGUGCUCGAUGGAAGAAGGAUUCAGCUUGUGCCAUAGAACCCCCUACCACCCACCUAGAAUCCUGAAAUGCCCACUAGUGGGCGGUAGGGACCAAGUUGACAACCCCUGGGAUAGAGACUUGAUUUUUAAGUUUAAUUUUUUUAAAAAGCUUAGAGUCAGAGUGCAUCAUUGAAAAGCUUUGCAGGCAUUGUGUUCCGGCUGCUGCAGGAGCCAGAGUGGUGACCCCUGAGGGAAGCCAGGCUGCUGUGCCUUUUGAGAAUUGCCAUUUGCUCUUGGCUGCUCUCGUGACUGGUGCAAGGGGCCCCAGUUCCUUCAGGACAAAUGCCUGUUUUCCAUUAAGCAAAAAAGGGAGGCUGAUGUGAAUCUGCUAUGUCUGUGGUGGGAAACUGCCGGCCACAACUCCUGUGCAUGGUGGCAUCAGGUGCAGGUGUAGUAAAGCUGCAACUGGGCUGAAAGUGGGUUUGUGCUGCCCGUCAUCUGACCAGAGGUGCCUGCAAAGCUCUGCACACAGUUUGUUUAGAAAUGGCGCGGGCCAGAGCAGUUCCCCUGAUGACACUGUGACCUCAGCGGCUGGGCCACCUGCCAAAGAGCCCAAGGAGGGUGGGUGGGAGAGAGAAGGGUCUGGUCGGCAAACUGGAUCUCAUUCUCCACCCAUGCUGUGUGACUGCUGUGAGGGAGUCAGGUUUGGACAAUUGAAGAUUAAGGUGACUAAAAGGGAAGUUGCUUUAUGGUCAUAAGCACCAAAGAGGAAUGCUGCUGUUUCAGGCUAAAGGUACAUCCAGCUAAGAUCCUUUUCUCACUAUGGGCAGCCAGAUGCAAGCAGGCAGGACAUAAGCACAGCCAUGCUUUACAAACUGUGCUCCCAGUAACUAUUCCUGGGGGUUGCAUGCAGCCAAGUCAUGACUAGCCACCAUGGAGAAGCCUUACACUCGGUAAAUGUUUCGAACCUCCUUUUCAAGACAUCCAGUUGGGCAACUAUCACUACAUCUUGUGGUAGUGAAUUCCUUCGUUCAACUCAGCGCUGUGCAAAGGAGUUUUUCCUUUUGUCUAUCCUGAAUCUUCCAAUACUUGGCUUCUAGCCCAAGGUCUAGAAAAGCUUCUGUUGCCUCUUUGUACAGCUUUGUACAGUUCUAUCAUGUAUACACAAGCCCCAUAACUUAACUUUUUUCCUACUAAAAUGCUCAAAAGUUGUAACCUUGUUACUCUUGCCACCAGCUCCCCAGAAGCUCAUCUGCCAACUCAAUGGCUCCAUUAACUGCUCUUGCCUAGAUUUUCUGCUCUCAUUGCUGACAGUUCAACUACCUGGCAUCUGUUUUGCUUGUCUCCUCAGGACAAAGAGCCGUUGCGAUCAAUCCUCCUGAAGGAUGUGCUGAAGACUCAUGAAUGUCUAGUGAAAUCCGGGUAUGGCUUUUGUUUCCAGCUGGGUUUUAUAUUUGGCAUUGGCACUUGGAGCCAACUUCUGCAGGUUCUGUCUGUGAGGACCAGUGAGACCCAAGGUUUUGGGGGCCCCAGCACCUUACUGGAGAGAUAGAGAUAGCGGCAGCCCCAAUUACUUGGCAAUUGCACAGGGAUGAAAAGCGGUAUAUACCCUGUAAAUAUGGGACUUUAAAAAGAAAGGAUCGCUGCUAAGAUUGGUAGGAAGAGCUCUGUCAUCCCUUUGCAGUUCCUCUCUUGCCCGACACAAAUGAAACUUCAGCUUGUCUAGUCAGGUGCCUCAUCAUGGAAUAGUUAAGGCUUAAAGUGGGGGGAGUGAUUUGAUUCAGAGGGGAAUAGAAGUUUAAACCCUCUCUCACAGACCAUGGACCUAAACCAAGUCUCUCUCAUUCCAUCUUCUUCUUCUUCAAAUUUGUAUACAGUUCACAAAAUAAAAUUACAAUAUAAAAACAUAAGAUACAUUAUAAAAAUAAGAACAAAAAACAAACCAAUAACCCCCCAAUACAUUUAAAUGUCGUUUUUGACUGGUGCCUAAAGAUGUAUAAGAGCAUUCCACAAAUGGGAGCCACUGCAGAAAAGGCCUGUUCUUGUGUUGCCGCCCUCCAGACCUCUUCUGGAGGAGGCACAUGAUGAAGAGGCUCAGAAGAUGAUCUCAGGGUCCGGGUAGGUCAUGCUGGGAAGGGAAACUUGGAAUUUCUGCAGGCAAAGCAGCUGUUCUCUCACUGGUGGUUGCAGGUUUAUUUUGUGUUCCAGAAGAUAACUUAAUAGUGUGGGAGAACUGUUGUUUUUUGCUGGCAUGUGUGUGCAUGUGUGUAUUCCUAUUACAUGGUGUGUUGCGCAGCGGUAAAUUAAUCAACACAGAAUCUUCUUCAUAAACCGAAUAAAACUUUUACUUAAGAAAAUAAACUUGUUCAGAAACAGCAUAGAUAAAGAGCAUACACAGAGUGCUCAUAGCAGCUAUCUGACUCUUCACAGAGACACAGUCAUAGUCACUGAUUAACCGGAGUCCUGGAGCCACUCUGUCUGCAACAAGACACACAGGCACAGGCACUACACUGGGCCUGCCUGCAAACAGGAUGCAAAUCUAUAGAGAGAAUGAGUCAUCCUGUAGAUGAGUCAUAAUGAUUCAGCAGUUUGCUGUUAACAGUUAGCAGUUAAUGAAUGAUUGUGUAGGCCUUGUAGUCCUUGCCUUACUGCUCCUGCUCUUAAGAACCUUUGUCUCAUGACAUGGUGCAUUAGCCAUUUAAUGUCUUGCCAAAGGAAUACUGCAACACUUUUGUAAAAUAACUCACGUAAAGAAGAAAAGUGUGGUGUCAACAGGUCGGCUUUUCCUUCUGUGUUUUCUAGUGAUCUUCUAAUGCGGGACAAUCUCUUUGAAAUCACAACGAGCUACAGGACCUUCUAUGUCCAGGUAAAAUACCCUCCUUACUGACCAGUGGAGACUUGGCAGGUAGGGCAGUUUUGGGGAAGCAUCCUAGGGGUUUCUUGGAGAGAAAAUCCUUUACGAAGUCUGGCAUCAGGGACCCUUUAAGACUCCUUUGCCUUCUUCCAGGUCAGAUGGCUGCAUUGACUGGGCCUGAUGGGAGUUGCAGUCCAAAACCAUCUGCAGGGCACCAGGUUGGAGAAUGCUGGCAUAAAGCUGGGAUGGGGGAAGAUGGCCAGGAGCUCUGGAAUCUCCUCAGCUUUCUCUGACUUCCUCUUCAGGGAGACUUAAGAAUUUUUCACUCCAUAAGAUGCACCUUACCAUAAGGCGCACCUAGUUUUUAGAGGGGGAAAUCAAGAAAAAAUAUUAUUUCCCCAGCCCCAAAGAGCAGCGGACAGGCUGCGCGCAACCUGUCCGCUUCUCCCAGAGCUUCUCGGGGCUGCUGGGGGAAGCCCGGGUUUCCCCCCCAGCCCCAAAGAGCAAAGCCAGCAGGAUCCCGCUCACUGUCCUGGCUUCCUCUGGCUUCCGGGAGAGGCUGUGCGUGGCUAUGGCAGAAGCCAAGACAGCAAGCGGAACCAUCCCCCUGGCUGCUUUAGCUGCGCACAGCCUCUCCGGCCGGGAGAAGCUGUGCGCAGCUAUGGCAGAAGCCAAGACAACCAGCGGGAUGGUUCUGCUCGCUGUCCUGGCUGCUUUAGCCGUGUGCAGCCUCUCCCGGCCGGAGAGGCUGCACGCGGCUAAAGCAGCACCCUUUAAGGAGUGUGCAGCUCCUGGGGGCUUUUCUCCUUGGGGCGUGCUCUUUAAAGGGUGCGCGGCUCCUGCGGGCUUUUCUAUGAGGAGGGAGAAGGGACUGACUGGCCGCAUCAGUCCCUUCUCCCUCCUGGGGAAAAGCCCACAAGAGCCGUGCGGAGCUUGUGUGCGGCUCUUGGGGGCUUUUCCUGCCUGCCUCCCCCCUGCAUUCGCACCAUAAGACGCACACACAUUUUCCCUUACUUUUUAGGAGGGAAAAGGUGCGUCUUAUGGAGCGAAAAAUACGGUACCAGCAGCCCAAAGAGCCUGGCUGACAUGUGGCCGACUGCUGUUCAGGCACCGACAGAUGUAGCAAAUGGGAAAGGGGAAACACGACCAAGUCUAGGGUUUUUUAGCUUUGGUCUCUCCCUGUCUAUAACAACCGAUAAUUCAUGUUUUAACUUUAUGUGGUAGCAUAUAAUGUAAAUCUGCAGCUAUAGAGGCUCCUGUGACAACUUUAUCCUUGAAGUUGCGGCACAAUGGAAUUGAUCUUUUAAUAAACACAGCAUGAAGGAUAAACCUUGACGGCUUUGCUGUUAAAGGCAUAAUACUUAUUUUCUGUCAGAAAUACUGUUUCAGGUUUAAACAAGAACUCUUACCUCCACAACAGAACUGCUUCUAUUAAGUCUAUUUCUUCCUAGAAUGGCUAUCUGCUUUUACUCUGCCUGUAAAACAUCUCUAGCCCUCUUCGCUCCACAUGAGGAAAUUAAAGCAGUUAAUUCUGCCCCACACACCCUUAGCUACUUCCCUGGACCAGGCCCUGCCAGUUAGAAUGCCAGCUUCUCUCUUUACCCUCUGGCCCGUUUCUCCUCCCUGCUGUGAUUGGCGAAGAGCCUCCAGGAGGAUGACCCAAUGGUCUGUCCAUCACACCAGGGUCUAGCUGCACCCCAGAACACCCCCCAGAAUAUCUCUGGGCUGCAUUUGACGAGUCAUAGUCCUCAGAAGACUCCUCUGUGUAGAGAUGGGGGAGAAAUGCGAUUCAGUUAAUGUUUAAAAGUAAACCUAGCAAAUUUACAUUUUUCUAAAACAGUAUGAGAACUGAAACACAGGCAUUCUUCAAAAUUUACACUUCUUCAAAUUUUGCAUUGCAGUUCUCCAGCCAAGUAGCAUGUAGGAAAAUGCAUAUAAUACAGUAAAGUGUGCAUAAAGCAGUGGCGGACUUUAGGCUCUCAAAUUUCAGCAGCACCCUGUUCAGUGCUAAAAUUUAGUGCCCCCCCUACCUCUUGCACUCUGUUCUAGAGCAUUGUUGUGUUGUCCCUGCAAUGUAGCACCCAGUACUGUACUGGUCACGCUCCCCUAAAACUGCCUCUGCGUAAAGAUACAUGUAUUGGGGGAAAUAACAUACAACAAAUAACAUACAUAUUUGGAAAGUCUGUGUUACGAAUAUAUACGAUAGAUAGAUAGAUAGAUAGAUAGAUAGAUAGAUAGAUAGAUAUAGAUAGAUAGACUGACUCAAUGAAAUUCCAUACAUAAAUGUGUAUAUUAGAAUAAAUUUGCACUAAAACGCUGAUGAAUUUUCAUGACUGGUUAAAAAAUACCACAAACCAAUGUGGAAAUGAGAAACUUGAGAGAAGCCAAAAUUGGCAAUUCCAUCCAUGCCUACUAUCUAACCAGAAUAUUUCUAUAGUGAUAAAUAUACAUCAGUGUGUAAAGGUAAAGGGACCCCUGACCAUUAGGUCCAGUUGUGACCGACUCUGGGUCGCUUUAUUGGCCGAGGGAGCUGGUGUACAGCUUCCGGGUCAUGUGGCCAGCAUGAUUAAGCCGCUUCUGGCGAACCAGAGCAGCGCACAGAAACGCCAUUUACCUUCCCGCCGGAGCGGUACCUAUUUAUCUACUUGCACUUUGACGUGCUUUCGAACUGCUAGGUUGGCAGGAGCAGGGACCAAGCAACGGGAGCUCACCCUGUCACGGGGAUUCGAACCACCGACCUUCUGAUCGGCAAGUCCUAGGUUCUGUGGUUUAACCCACAGCACCACCCGUGUCCCUACAUCAGUGUAUACUGGUCCUCAAGUGAUCAGCACACAUUAUGCAAUUUCAGAAUUGGUUCCCAGUUGGGAGGACUGUGUUUGUUUUUAAGUUUAUUUUUCUCUACAGUAAAUUUAGCCCUUAACAGUUAACUCUGGUCUUGCCCUGCCAAACAGGAUGCUUUGCUGACAACCUUUCAAGCAGAAAGGGUUGAGUGAGCUGAGACUUUAUACACAGUUUCUUUUUGGCCUCUGGGGCCCUCCAUACCAAGGGCAGCCUGCUUUUGCAGCUUUUCACUUCUCCAUUCCAUCAUAUUUAUAGUGAAAGUUAUUUGUGCAGGUGCAAAAGAGAACCAUAAAGAUGGGGAUUGUUCACAUGUACAGUGUGUGGUAGAGCUGGUCUAGGUCUUCUUUGAAGAAGACUUCUCCAUUUAUGUUUCCUGUGUUACGCACCGUUGGGGAGGAAGCUUCCUAAAUACGCAAUCCACCUGAAAGCUACUUUGUGCAAUCCCCAUGGACGUGAAUAGGAGAACUGUACAUUGGAGAACUGCACAGGUCAGCCAUUUCUAGUAGAGAUAGGGAACAACUGGCCCUCCCACCAUCUCUGCCCUUUGGCCACAAUGCCUAAGGCUUAUGAGAUUCGUGGUCCAAUGACACCCAGAGGGCAACAGCUUCCCUGUUUCCUGGCUUAGAGCCUUCAGCAGCAAGGAAAGUGGACAGAGUUGGGGUUUUGCACAGGGUGCUCAAGAGUCCAGCAUAUACCUCAAGCUGGGCAGGCUGCUCCCUGUAUGUGCACCUGUGGAGUCGUGCUAAGAGAGUCAGACUAGCCAAGGAGACCUGGGCUCAAAGCCCCACUCAACCAAGAGGCUCAUGGGAUGAUGUUGGAUGGGCUGAUGCUCUCUUUCAGCCUAACUUGUCUCACAGAUUUGUGAGGAUAAAAUAGCGGGGAAUCCUGUAUGCCGCCCUAUGAACAUAGGAAGAGCUCAAAGCCAAUGCUCAUUCGGCAUCCUGUUUCCUAAAGUAGCUUAUGGGAAGGAAGCCCACCAGCAGCCCUCUUCCACUUGUGUUCUCCAGUGGCUAGUAUUCAUUGGCAUGUUGUGGCAUAUGGCCAUCACAACUCAAAGCAAUUUGUAACUUUAUCCUCUGUGAAUUUGAUUUCCUUUUAAGGUUGAUUGGCAACCUUUAUCUGCCUAAAGGCACAUUUGGUGCCCCCCUUGGGUCACUUUACUCUUCCCAGAGAUAUUGGCAGAAGUUGGAGCUAGUGGAGUUAAUCUGAGCCUUGGAAGGCAACUAAUAAUAAUAAUAAUAAUAAUAAUAAUAAUAAUAAUAAUAAUUUGUACCCUCCCCAACCAAGACCAGGCUCAAGGCUGCUAACAAUCAAUAAUAAAAACAAGUUGAUUAAAAUACAAUUUAAAAACCAAGAUUAAAAUACAACAUUAAAACAUUAAGAUGCAGCCUUUUCACAGGAGGAGAAAGGAAAAAAGAAAGAGGGGGAGGGAAUCAAAUUGACUCCAAGCCAAAGGCCAGGCGGAACAACUCUGCCUUACAGGCCCUGCGGAAAGAAGUCAGAUCCCGCAGGGCCCUGGUCUCAUGAGACAGAGCGUUCCACCAGGCCCUGCCUCUGGUUGAGGCUAAUCUGACUUCCUUAGGGCCAGGGACCUCUAGGGUGUUGCUAUUUAUGGACCUUAAGGUCCUCCGUGGGGCAUACCGGGAGAGGCGGUCCCAUAGGUACGAGGGUCCUAGGCCGCGAAGGGCUUUAAAGGUCAAAACCAGCACCUUAAAUCUGACCCUGUACUCCACCGGGAGCCAGUACAGCUGAAAAAGCACUGGGUGAAUAUGCUCCCAUGGCAGAGACCCCGUGAGGAGCCUCGCUGCAGCAUUCUGCACCCGCUGGAGUUUCUGGGACAGCUUCAAGGGCAGCCCCACGUAGAGCGAAUUACAGUAGUCAAGACUGGAGGUGACCGCCGCAUGGAUCACUGUGGCCAGGUCGGGGCGGGAAAGGUAAGGGACCAACUUCUUGAUGCGGCGAAGGGAGGAAAAUGUUGCCUUGGCUGUUGCUGUAACCUGCACCUCCAUGGAAAGGGAGGCUUCAAGGAUUACACCCAAACUCUUAACGGAAGGCAAUGACACUAAUUGGGCCCCCGCAAAAGAAGGGAGUUGGUCCCUCAUCCCCAUACCAUCCCGAGCCAGCCAGAGGACCUCUGUCUUCGAAGGACUUAGUUUCAAUCGGCUCCCACAAAACCAUCCAGCCACAGCUUCCAAACAUCUGGUCAGUGUGUCUGGGGUCGAGUCGGUAUGGCCAUCCAUCAGCAGAUAGAGCUGAGUGUCAUCAGCAUAUUGGUGACAACGCUGCCCAAAGCUCCGGACAAUCUAGGCAAGGGGGUGCAUAACGAUGUUAAAAAGCAUCGGGGAGAGGAUUGCACCCUGCGGCACUCCACACACCAAGGAGUGGCGCAACGACAUCUCCCUCCCUAGUGCCACCCUCUGUCCCCUAUAAAAGAGCACAGCUAUUUACGGGCUAUGCCCUGUAUCCCCACGUUGGCGAGGCGGUGGUCCAGAAGAUCAUGAUUGACCAUGUCAAAAGCUGCUGACAAAUCUAAGAGAAUCAGCAGUCCCGACCUGCCUCGAUCCAGUUGUCUGCAGAGAUCAUCUGUUAGGGCGACCAGAGCCGUCUCGGUCCCAAAACCAGGAUAGAAUCCGGACUGAAAUGGACCUAAAGCCGAUGUUUCCUCCAGAAACCUACCAAGCUGUUCAGCAACCGCUCUCUCAAUUACCUUACCCAGAUAUGGAAGAUUUGAAACUGGGCAGUAAUUGGAUAGAUCUAAAGGAUCUAGUGAAGUUUUCUUUAAGAGCAGACACACCACUGCUUCCUUCAGAUCCCCUGGGAAUAUCCCCGUGCCAAGGGACAAAUUGAUAAUUUCAAUCAGGGGGGUCCAUGCGACAUCUGGACAUGCCCUAAUCAGCCAAGAUGGGCACGGAUCGAGGAGGCAUGUGGUGGGCCUACCAGCUUGGAGGAGUCUAUGCACAUCAGCAGGGAGUAUCCGAUCGAAAUGGUCCAACACUGGACCCGAAGACAAUCGAGGGGCCUCCAGUUCUGUCACUGUAUCUAAAUUGUCAGGGAGGUCACAGUGGAGCAACAGGACGUCCUCCGCAAAAAGCUCGCGAGUGCCUCACAGCUGUGGGUCGAAUUUGUGCUUAAAUUUGGUUGUCCUCCUAAGUACGUUAUCGACCUAAUUAUUCUAAAAAGUUAUGCCGGGCGAGAGCUAGUGGAUGCAAUGGAAGCUGCGAAGUAAGAUUUCUUAGCAGCUUUCAUAGCCAUCUCAUAGGCUUUCAUAAGCGCCCUAUAAGAUGCUCUUGAAGCUCCGUCAUGAGUCCGUUGCCAUACUCGCUCUAGCCGUCUGAGAUCCCGCUUCAUUUUCCGGAGCUCCUCAGUAAACCAAGGGGCCCAGUUUCAACGGGGUCGCAUAGGGCGCUUAGGCACGAUCUCAUUGAUGGCCGCCAAGAGCCGGUUAUUCCAGUCCUCGACAAGGUCAUCUAAUGAGUCGCCAGGAGGAGCAGGGUCCCGCAAGGCCUGACGGAAUCUAUCCGGAUCCAUCAGCCUUCGCGGGCGAGCCCAAAUAGGUUCGCCACCCGAGCAGGGGAGGAGCGUGAAGUCAAUCUUGGCUUUCAGAGCGUAGUGAUCAGACCAUGGCACUUCCACAGCGGGGAGCAUGAUCACAUCUAUGCCAGCACCAAAUAUCAAAUCCAACGUGUGGCCUGCUUGAUGAGUGGGGCCCAAAACAAACUGGAAGAGCCCUAGUGUUGCCAUGGAAGUCACUAGGUCCAGAGCGUGUGAGGAGGGGGCGGCAUCGGCAUGGACGUUGAAGUCUCCCAAAACCAAUAGGCUUGGGAACUCCAAGACCCAGCCCGCCGCCACCUCCAGCAGGUCUGACAGGGUGGCUGCUGGUGCGCUGGGUGGUCGGUACACCAGCCAGACAGCCAAGCUCUCCCUGGUGCCCCCACAAGACCAACACAUUCAAUGCCGGAGAUCGCCGGUGGUGGCAGAGCCCUGAAAGAGCAAUCCUCCCGGAUUAACAAUGAUACUCCUCCCCUCUGACACACAGUUGAUGGAGGACAGAGAAACCUGGAGGUGUUAUCUCAUGUAGGGAGACUACUUCACCUUCUCGUACCCAGGUCUCCGUCACGCAAGCCAGGUCAAUCCCCUGAGAGACAAAAAAGUCACGCAUGGUAGCGGUUUUAUUGCCUAUUGACCUGGCAUUGCACAACACCAAUGACGGAGGUGGGUAAUCCCUGCUCGCCCUACCCUCGUCCCUUGGGAUGGGGCGUAGAUUGGAAGGGGUUUGAACAUCACUGCAUCUCAAAACCCUUCGCCGAUAGUGAUAUCUAGCCCCACCACCAUUCUUCCCUAGCCCUCCAAUAGUGGGAAUCUCAGACCCCAUACUAGCCUCCCCAAUAGAGGGGUAAGAUCCCCUCACUAACAAGUCAUCCCUGGGCCAGGACUCCUGGGUCAGAAUGGUAUGGGGAAGAGGUGAAAGUUCGAUAGGGUAAUUAUCCCUAGAAGAUAAAACCCAACCAACCUCACCCCAAGUGGGGAGGGCGGUCCCACAGUGUUUAGUUAGCUGUCAAUCCCUCUCUCCCUCCUGGGUUGAUUGAAGGACUGUUGAUUCUAUCUGUGGCUGUGGGAGUAUUAAUGAGGCAUGUGCUAUAAAAUGGGAAUCGCUGGCCAACAAAGAGCCAGCUUCGAAUUCGGAAGCUCUGUCCAUCCUGUCUUGCCAGGAGUACCAUAGAGGUCGAUCAUUCUCAUAAGUUUUUGGAACAUUAGGCAAAGGUCCAGAUAUAGAUUGGGUGCUGGAUUUCUCCAGACUGUCAGCAACAUAGAAUUCUUUAGGUGUUGUUGACAUAGAAAAUGUCAGAGGCGCCAAAUUCCUCAUCUACUUCGAUGUCACUUGAAAAGGGAACAGGGAGUUGCACUGAUGUCUUUCUAUGGGGUAAGAAGCUGUUGGACGUCUUUAAAUAUUGUUCUCUAGGCUCUACCGUCCUUAUAUUUUGGGUAGAAAACUCAGUCUUAUAUUCGAUAACCUCUUCUUCGGAUCUUGUAAUUCUAGGCUUACAGAAUUCUUUUCUUCCUUCGGACAGUUAGUAGUAUUAAGCUUGAUUUCCGUUGUCCGCAUUAGCUUUGGCUCUAUGCAAGGAACCAAUUGCCUCCUUGUUUCGUCCUUAAAUAGAAUCAUAGAAUCAUAGAGUUGGAAGAGACCACAAGGGCCAUCGAGUCCAACCCCCUGCCAAGCAGGAAACACCAUCAGAGCACUCCUGACAUAUGGUUGUCAAGCCUCUGCUUAAAGACCUCCAAAGAAGGAGACUCCACCACACUCCUUGGCAGCAAAUUCCACUGUCAAACAGCUCUUACUGUCAGGAAGUUCUUCCUAAUGUUUAGGUGGAAUCUUCUUUCUUGUAGUUUGGAUCCAUUGCUCCGUGUCCGCUUCUCUGGAGCAGCAGAAAACAACCUUUCUCCCUCCUCUAUGUGACAUCCUUUGAUAUAUUUGAACAUGGCUACCAUAUCACCCCUUAACCUCCUCUUCUCCAGGCUAAACAUGCCCAGCUUCCUUAGCCGUUCCUCAUAAGGCAUCGUUUCCAGGCCUUUGACCAUUUUGGUUGCCCUCCUCUGGACACGUUCCAGUUUGUCAGUGUCCUUCUUGAACUGUGGUGCCCAGAACUGGACACAGUACUCCAGGUGAGGUCUGACCAGAGCAGAAUACCCUCACUGGACGGAGAGAGUGGAACCACCAUAGAGUAUCCUUUAUCUCCAUGAGUCGAGAUGGGAGGGCUGAGGACCUAAAGGUCAUAAAUAGGCACGUGAUGUUUCCCAAGAUAGGCAGGAGGUGGAAAUUUUCUAGGUUUCGGUAAUGGUAAUUCAGGAGCUGAGACAAGGACGUAGUAAUUUGUCUGUGAUUCAUCCACCUAUGAUCGUGUCGGUGGCAGUCAUCUUUGAGAAUUCCUGGAGAACAGGCGAAGUCCCAGCAGACUGGAGGAGGGCAAAUGUUGUCCCUAUUUUCAAAAAGGGGAAAAGAGAGGACCCAAAUAAUUACCGCCCAGUCAAUACCAGGGAAGAUUCUGGAGCAGAUCAUUAAGCAAACAGUCUGUGAGCACCUAGAAAGGAAUGCUGUGAUCACCAAUAGUCAGCAUGGAUUUCUGAAAAAUAAGUCAUGUUAGACUAAUCUGAUCUCGUUUUUUGACAGAAUUACAAGCCUGGUAGAUGAAGGGAACACAGUGGAUGUAGCCUACCUUGAUUUCAGCAAGGCAUUUGACAAGGUGCCCCAUGAUAUUCCUGUAAAAAAGCUGGUAAAAUGUGGUCUUGACUAUGCUACCACUCAGUGGAUUUGUAACUGGCUGACUGACCGAACCCAAAGGGUGCUCAUCAAUGGUUCCUCUUCAUCCUGGAGAAGAGUGACUAGUGGGGUGCCACAGGGUUCUGUCUUGGGCCCUGUCUUAUUCAACAUCUUUAUCAACGACUUGGAUGAUGGACUCAAGGGCAUCCUGAUCAAAUUUGCAGAUGACACCAAACUGGGAGGGGUGGCUAACACCCCAGAGGACAGGAUCACACUUCAAAACAACCUUGACAGAUUAGAGAACUGGGCCAAAACAAACAAGAUGAAUUUUGACAGGGAGAAAUGUAAAGUAUUGCACUUGGGCAAAAAAAAUGAGAGGCACAAAUACAAGAUGGGUGACACCUGGCUUGAGAGCAGUACAUGAGAAAAGGAUCUAGGAGUUUUGGUUGACCACAAACUUGACAUGAGCCAACAGUGUGACGCGGCAGCUAAAAAAGCCAAUGCAAUUCUGGGCUGCAUCAAUAGGAGUAUAGCAUCUAGAUCAAGGGAAGUAAUAGUGCCAUUAUAUUCUGCUCUGGUCAGACCUCACCUGGAGUACUGUGUCCAGUUCUGGGCACCACAGUUCAAGAAGGACACUGACAAAGUGGAACGUGUCCAGAGGAGGGCAACCAAAAUGGUCAAAGGCCUGGAAACAAUGCCUUAUGAGGAACGGCUAAGGGAGCUGGGCAUGUUUAGCCUGGAGAAGAGGAGGUUAAGGGGUGAUAUGAUAGCCAUGUUCAAAUAUAUAAAAGGAUGUCACAUAGAGGAGGGAGAAAGGUUGUUUUCUGCUGCUCCAGAGAAGCGGACACGGAGCAAUGGAUCCAAACUGCAAGAAAGAAGAUUCCACCUAAACAUUAGGAAGAACUUCCUGACAGUAAGAGCUGUUUGCCAGUGGAAUUUGCUGCCAAGGAGUGUGGUGGAGUCUCCUUCUUUGGAGGUCUUUAAGCAGAGGCUUGACAACCAUAUGUCAGGAGUGCUCUGAUGGUGUUUCCUGCUUGGCAGGGGGUUGGACUCGAUGGCCCUUGUGGUCUCUUCCAACUCUAUGAUUCUAUGAUUCCAUGGUGAAUCUCAUGCAUGAACUGGUUCGUUUGCAAGACUAUAAAAUGUGCAUGCAUGGAAAAAGUGGAUAGAAAAAAGAUUUUUCCCUCCUUCAUAGCUCAGGGUCAUCUAGUGAAGCUGAAGGUUGGAAGUUUCAGGACAGAUAAAAGAAAGAGUUAAACUAUGGAACUCCCUGCCACAGGAGGCAGUGAUGGCCACCAACUGCAGGGCUUUAAAUGAGGCUUGGACAAAUGCAUGGAGGAAAAGGCUAUCCAGGGCAACUCGCCACAAUGUCUGUGCUCCGCCUCCACAGCGAGAGGCCAUCAUGUUUCUGGAAACCACAGGAGGGGACAGGGCUCUCCGACUCAGGUGCUGCUUGAAGGUUUCCCACAGGCGUCUGGUUGGCCACUAUGAGAUCAGGAUGGUGGACUAGGUGGGCCAAUGGCCUGAUCCAGAAGUCUCUUCUGAGGUUCUUAUAUAGAGCUGAAAUGGGGGGAAGUGACAUUCUUCCAACUUCCACUUUCAGCUCUAUGUAUUUUUCAGGGAAAGGGAAAGUAGGCAAGAGGCCAGGAGGUGGGGGCUCAGGGGCUUAGCGGGUGCCAGGGGAAGAUUGCAAGGGUAUCAUUGUGCUGCCCGUGGUGACACAUUGGCAACCCUUGCUCUGACCGCUUUGAGGUCGUCGUCCCCCCAGUAAACUGUUGUAUACAUUUUAUGAAAUAAUUAAAUAACCACUAGCUCACGCUGCUUCUCCAGUGUCUUUCUUCAAGGCCAGGAUGAGAACAUCCCCUGCUACUCCGUGUUUGUUCACCCCUUGCUGUGAUGAGCAGCAGUCAGUGACAAGAACUUUCCCUUCCCUUGAUAUUUGGGGUGAGAUCUAGCUGUUAUUUAUGUGUGGGCAAAUCCUGUUGACUUCAGUGGGGCUUACUCAUGUAGCUGAGCUGUCAUUCUCAGAUUGUGCUGCCCAUCUGGAAGGCAACUGCUUCCCUUUCUCAGAAAGCCUAUUUUUUUAAAAAAAAGGGCCUGGGGAUUUGUUGCUUUUGGGGGAUGUAUGUGUAUGUGUGCUUUGAAGAAAUGUAUUUCUGAAGUCUCACUUCUGUCCCCUUGUGGAAGUUUGCAUGGCAACAGGUGAACUUUGCGUGCCUGUAGUGUAGACUCUCUAUUUUGCAGAAGGGAUUUACAUUUGCAGACAGGCCUUUGUCACCCCUGCGCAACAAACCCACUUAAAAACCAAACAAACACACUGAUUUUGUAGUUUGGGGAGAGGUGAGAAAAUGCAUUGAAAAGUGUGGAUGAACAAAUGACUAACAGGAAGAAAUGUAAACAUGCUGUAAGCAAAUCAGAAUGAAUGUGGGGCAAUUGCUCAUUGUCAUAUCACUGCCCUGCAAACAAAUAAGAUUGCUCCAGAGAGACUGGAAACAGGCUAACUGCCACAUAAGCUUCUUGCAAGCAAGUCCAGUUGAAUGCUCAAUAAGCAGGUCUAUUGGAGGGGCCCUUAUAUUUUUCAAAACAGAUCAACCAUUGUCUAGCGCUUAUCUCCAGCAGUCCUUGGUCCAACAUGGAACUUACACAGAACCUAUUAGAGUCUAAUCUGAUUAGGUCUUGCUGUCUCUUCUUCAUGAUGUGAACAUUCAGCUUUUCACCCCUUCUUUUCACAUUUAACACGAUGGGAAGGAACUUUAACAUGGUAGUCACUUGGCUAGGGCAGGAGUGGGGUACCGGCCCCACAAGGCAGCUCUGACUGGGGGAUGAGGCUAUCCACUUGUCAAUCACUAGGUCAGUUCACCCACAGACCCUCUUCCUGGCCUGAAAUGUCAUGGUGCAGCAUAAUCCAGCUCUGGGGAUGGGAGUCUCGUGGGCUGUGUUGUUUUUGGCUGAUGUCUUUAUUCUUUCUCUCUGCAGGCCUAUAGCCCUGAGGACAUGCACAGCUGGAUCAAGGAGAUCAGUGGGGCUGUGCAGGCCCUAAAGAGCUGCCCUAGGGUAGGUCAUAUCCUUUGCAUGCAGAAUUAAUUAGUUUUUUGUGCUUGUUUUCUUAAGCAGACAUCAUCCAUUUUAAUGUCUUGGGCAAACAUUUGAGAAAUAUCUCACUUCCUGGAGGCAGCUUACUAGUCUCUGGCUUGAUCCCACAGAAACCGGGAAUGGAAAGCGGGUGAGAUCGGAGAAAUUAAUGAGCAUUAUGCAAUGGGAACAUGUAUCUGUCCGCCUCUCUACAGCUGCUGCAAGCAACUUGGCAAAAGUUGCUUAACUUUUCCUUGGGGAAAAAAAGAUAUUAAUCAUAAUUCUGUGGCUUAGAAAUUAAGCAGAAAUUGGGGGCUAGAAAUUGGAGCAACUUUAUAACCCACCCCCAUCCCAUGCAGUCCAGUUUUGUGGACCUGAUUUUUUUUUAUAUAAAUAAUUUUUUAUUAACCGACCAAUCAAAUCAAAUCAAAUCACAUCACAUAAAUUCCAAAUUACAAAGCCGAAUUUUUAAAUUUUUGUUGGGGGUACCCAUAUUUCAAGUUCAGAAGGGGGUCCAAUCAUCAUCUUGCUGCUGCAUUAGUGUCCACAAAUCUGUCCAAAUAAUGUUCAUAAUUCUAUCCAAUCCUAUCUUGCUGUUUCCCACAUCUCAUCUUGUUAUUUUUGUAUAAUUUUUCCUUUCUCUUUGCGACCUCUUCUGAUAAUCUCCUUAAGCAGGUAAAAACAAGUUGUAAUCCUGUGUGAAUUUUUCCGUUCGUCCAAUAGCCAUAUUGAGAUGGUUUCCAUAUAUCAUCACUUCCAUAGAUAAAAGCACUCUUUCCAUCAUUAAUCUUCACAAAUCUGUCGCCUUCUUUAGUCCUCUGAGGAGGUUCGCCCGCAGUAUAAAAACAGAUCCAUUCCUCCUUCCAGACAUAAAUCUUUCGACAGAACUUGCCAAAAUGGUGACACUGUUUUUUACUGCGUCAUCCCAAAGCUCUUGUACUUUCCUCGAUCUCCUUAAAACAUGCUUUUGGUUAGAAUUUAUUUUCACACAGUCUUAAAUCAUCCAGCUUAGGUCAUUUAAUCGGCAUUUCUGAUUUGGGGGGGGGGAAUUAUUGGUUAAUCACAUAGAAGAAAGAAAGAAAAGUUUUUUUCCCUCCCCCAUCCAGUCCUGCUGCCGACAUACCGAGCCUUGAUGUGUCUUCUCAUGAUAUAUUCCUGUUUAUCCGACCCGUCUUCUUUCACAGAGGUCCCUUCAAUUAGCAGUCUUUACUCCCCAUUCUUCACUUGAAAUAUGUGCAUUUGCUUCUUCCUAAUUGUUUAUUUUCAAGUUGCUGCAGCUAGUGGCGCGAUCAGAGACAGCGUCCAGGAGAGCCGAAGUCCACACAAGGGCGUUCCGCCUAGUGCCCUCACCCCCUCGAAUCCGGGGGUGAUUUAUGGGCACAGCAGGCAAGGGCAGUCCCCCCCAUUCCCUUGGGGGGGGGCAGGGAGGCUGCAUACUCCCAUUACAGCCUCUUAAUUACCUCGUGUGGGUCGGAGAGAUGUUAUUGUCGGCCAUCUUCCAAUGCGCCCCUAGUGGCCCCGAGUUUUGUGGACCUGAUUAUUAUUAUUUACAUAGGAACAAGUUGCAAGUUGGCAUAACUUAGUUCAGUCUCAUUUCUUUUAUUUAGUCCCCUCGAGGGAUGGCUCUGCAAGGAGACUUUAGCCAAGACCACAGGUGGAAGGACCAGGGAAUAACCACUGCCCAUCCAAAGCACAGAAUAAAAAAAACCUGUUUCUCAGUGGCCACACUUGUUGCACCCUGUCCUAGAUAUUCUACCUCGUCCACCUCUGGUUUCCGUUAUUAGAUGCACCACUUUCAAAUAUUUUGCCCUUCAUAAUCAAUGAGGGCUAGUAACUUGUUUUGCAGAGGGAAGAAGCAGAAGUAGAGACUCUUGUGAUCAGAGAAGCCGGAGUGCACUGGAGGACCUGCAUUGAGGAGGCUGACUCUUCCCACCUGAGAGUCAGGGCCUUUCAAGUCUUUUGCCUCCUCUUCCGGGGGGAGGAGCCAUCCUGCUCUCCAGUUCUGCCUCUGCUUCCUUCUUCUGUGAGGAAAAAGAUCCUUACUGUCUUUGUUUUUGUUUUUUUAAAAAAAUAAUAUUUAUUAAAAGUUUCAGGAUUACAGAAAAAAAGAAAAAAUAGAAAACAACACUACAAUACAUAAAAAAGAAGAAGAAAAAUAAAAAACAAAACGUAAAAACCAAUACAACAAAAAGGAAAAAAAACGCAAAUCCCAUAUUGCAUAUCUUUAACUUCCAUUUGCUUGUUUCAUUGACCUCCUCACACCUCCCUUUUCGUGUUCUAGUUUAAUUAGUUAUUUCAGCAAAUUCUUUCCAUCUUUCUCAAUUUUUAUUAAAUAAUUUAUCUUAAUAAUUUAACCUAUUAAUUAACUCAGCAAAUCCUUUCCAUCUUUCACUAUAUUCUGUCAUUCAAUUUACCUUAAUUUAUUUUAACCUUAUCUUACCAUAAAAUACCUUAAAACUUAAAACUUAAUACUUAUUUAUACAUAACUCCUUAUAUCAUUUCUAUUAAAGCCAAAUAGUUUCAUUCCAAUAUUUUUCCUAAUACUCAUUAAUUUUACACUAAUUCUCAAAAUAAAAUUUUAAGAACUUUCUUCCAAUCUUCAUCCAACGUCUCUUCUUCCUGGUCUCGGGUUAUGUCAGUCCUUACUGUCCAUUCCGUCCAGUCCAUCAACCUGGCAAUCUUAUGUCCGAAGCUCUUAAGUCUCUUCCAUGUCCCUUCUGCGGAUCUUCUUGUUGUUGUUUAUAGCACUUUUCCUUGUCUUUUGUUAGUCUCUUUCUUAAUUUCUUUCCUUUCUCAUUGAAGAGUAGGUCUCUGGGAGGUUCCAGCCCAAAGUUAUCUCCAUCUCCCUUCAUCAAACCAGCCCAUUCCCCACAGUCCCACUCCCCACAGUCAUCAAUAUAAUCCAAAGAAUAUUUAAGAGCAUAUUUCAAAGUCCCUCCGAAGUUAAGAACCUCCUCAGCUCCAGACUCCCCCUGGCCCACUCCAACUUCAAUCUUCAAAAACAGCGGCUUAUGCUCCUGCAGGGCCUCGGAUCUCUCCAUUUGUAUUAUUUGAGGUGCAACCGCAACCUCCUCCAUUAUCUUCUGCACUUGCACUUGCCCAAUCAAUACAGGUUCCUGAGUUGGUCCCUGAAUGGUUUCUGUAUCAGUAUUCCCUGUUUGUCCACAGUUAUUGACCACAACAGUCAUCAAAUCCGUUUUCUCAUUCAUCAAAUCCAUCUUCUCAUGCAUCUGUUCCAACAAAGCACUUGUCUUGCAUAAAGCAAGCACCAAAACUUCCUCCCAGCACAUUUUGUCCAAGGUCAAAGGGACUGGUCCCCCAAUCUUAAUCUCACAGCUGUCUAGUCCUCAAGUAGACUGCAGCAACAAUUUAACAAGCUCCCUCUAGAGGAGACAAUUUCUAUUUGUAUCCAUCUUUUUAAGGCAAGUCCAACAAAGGAAAAUUACUUUAAUUUUUCAGAUAUUUUGUUUCUUUAGAAUGCAAAAGGCAACAUUGGAGUCAGUUUAUUUCUCUUUUUUAGCUAUCUGUCAAAGUGUUCCAUUCACAGUCAAUGAACAUCUCCAACAAUUUCUGUCUCUGACACCCCGUUCCCAGAUUUGAGACGGUGGAAACUUGUCUUUCUUUACUCCCUCUCCCUCCUGCAGGCUUAAACAAAGUCCCCCCCCCUUUUCUCCUGCUUCCAAGGGGGUUUUAGUGGUUAUAAAUGAAGGAAAUUUAGACUUUUAUAAAUGACUUUCCAGGCUUUAGCUUACAAGGUUUUUGCUUCAGUCUAUAUACAAAAAGCAGAAGGCGGACUUCCUGUUUUGAAUCUUCCCGCUUCGGUGCCAAAUUAGGAUAUUUCUUGAUCCAAUUUUCUGUUUCUACUCACGGGUACUUGUUUUAAAUCCAAUUGUCCACAGGAAAAAGUCAGCACUCUCCGGCAAUGGCUAUGCGGCUUCACUCCGUGAAAGUAGCAGUCAGUUCGCAGCACCGCGCCGCUCACCCCACUUCACUCUGGACCCCCGAAAUGGGGUUCCCCGUGAGUAGGGGAGGCGCUCCUGGUGCCCUGCCGAACCCCACGUUCCCAGGCUUCCUCCGCCUGGGAUUUCUAGCGGGCCCCCACCUUCGCCGCGGCGGGAAGACCCAAUUUCCACGGAGCCAGUUCCUCCAGUCGGAGGAACUCCGCCAUUCGCCGAUUGCGCUAAUCCGGAAGUCCAAGAUCCUUACUGUCUUUGUGGUUUCUCUUUUGCUUUAGCUUUUGCUUCUUGUACAGUAUGUUGUUGGUUGUCAUGUAGGAGUUGGCUGAGGCUUGCUUUUGUCUCAUACUUCGUUAGAGCCACUCAUCCAUCUAGCUCAUGAUGGUCUACACUGACUGGCAGCAGCUCUCCUGGCUUUCAGACAGGGAGUGUCUCCCAGCCCUUCCUGGAGAUGCCAGGGAUUUCUGACUCCCAACUGUUUAACAAUAGCAACAAUUUCCCUCCCAAAUUAGGUUGCUGAAAUGAAGAAAGCUGAGGGGUUGUGGUGGGGAACCAGGACUAGAUUUUUAUAUGAAAGGGCUGUGAUCUCAGUUCUGGUACUGAAAACAAGUUCAUGAUGUGCACUGGGAGGGGCUCUUUUCUUUAAUUCUAAGUCAAUGUCCACCCCUCUUUCUAAGCUACUAUUUUCCCUUUGGCUUCUGAGCAGUGGACCUCAGGGUUGUUGGAAAAAGCAAAGAGGGAAGAUGGAAAUCUACCCAUCCCUGGUUUAAGUUAUAUUUUUGACCAAAACCAAAACCCUUUCCCAUCUCCCUCACCAGCAGCGAAGGGUUCAUGUGAAUUCAUCUGUACAAGAUGAGAUCCAUUUUUAAGGCAAUCUGAAGAAGGUUGACUCAAAUGUCUGCCAGGCAUUCUGACCAUAUGGAAAACAAUUUCACUGCAGGAAAGCUUCACUAUGGCCUGGGAUGAGUUUGCUCUGCACUGAAAUAUAUUAAUAUUCUGCACCAAGAAAUGUUGAAUUCUUCAACCUGUACAAAUUAUGUAUAUUAAGCAACUAGUCAUUGGGGAAGUUGAAUCCAGUAGAAUUAGUCUGAACCUUGAAAAGCACAUAGAGAUUGGGAGGAUGACAUAGGCUAUGAGAUUAACCCCACUCAGUGGAUCAAAAUGUGGUCUAAACCCCCCUUUAAAUCCAUAUCAACAAAAAGAAAAUAACUCACUCUGAAAAUCACCUACAGGUGGUACCUAACACCAAGAAAACUAGUGCUAAUACGCCCAGGAACCUCACCAAAAUGCUGGAGAGGGUGCACCUCCACAGGCACAUGCCUCCACAUGUGGCAGGAGUGCCCCAAAAUCCAACCAUUCUGGACAACAACCAUACGAAAAAUAAGUAAAACAAUCAAGCAAGUAUUAGAAAUCACCCCAGAAUUGGCCUUACUAAACAUCUUCCAAGACAAUAACGCCCACUUACACCACAAAGAACUCAUAACCCACCAACUUUCAGCAGCCAGAAGCAUCAUAGCCAGACACUGGAGAGACCUGUCAGGAGUAAGCAUGGACCAAUGGUACCAGAUAGUAUGGGAAACAGCCCUACUAGAAAAAUUAAUCAAUAAACUGAAACUGACACGGGGACAAAUAGAAGAAGACGCCUUCGUCCCGGUAUGGCUCCCCUUUAUCACAUACAGAGCCCCACAGGACGACGAUAAAAAUCCACCAACAGCAUACAAAUCAAUUUGGCUAACCUGAUCCAAAACACCCACCCCACUCACACAUGAAAACAAAGACCACCACAGCCAACCACAAAUAAAUAACCACACCCUAGGCCAACCCCAACCUCUCUCACCAAAGGAACACAAGCGAACAGCAAAGAACCUGCACAAGCAACACUGACACCAAACCCUAUAUAUAGUAAGUAAAAUAGAAACAUUGCCACCCAACCCCACCUAUCUUUCCCCCCCCACCUCUUUCCCCCUUUUCUUCCUAAUGUCUCAACAAAUGAAACUGAUUUGUAAAAAUGUUACGUGGGGGGGGGGAUACAAGAGAGAGACAUUGCAAACACUUUUGUAAAUCAAGAAAAUUUUAAUAAAAAAUAAAAAUAAAAAGCACAUAGAGAUGAAGUAGGAAACAGUGUCACUUUCAAGGGGAAAAAAGGAAACCACCACAUUCCACAUGACCAAGGGAGCACAGGGGCUUCAUCGGUCCCUGGGAAGACUUCAGGGGCACCAUUGCACCCAUGGGCACUGUGCUGGCACCCCCUUUGGCAUGCAUAAGCUGCAUAAGCUCUUUUCUCUCUCCCUCUCUCCCCCACACCCCUCUACCCCAUGCAGGACUUGGUGAGAUCUGCUUCGGUGAACAAGCGCGGAGGCCCCAGCUCAGCCAUGCCUCCCAUUGAGAGGCUGAAGCAUCUGGGAGGGGAGCCCAAGGCCUCUGCCAAAAGCCCGUCGGCCUCGUGCUGGCUGCCUUGGAUGCCGGUGCCACAGUCAGAAGGGAAGCCGCAGCCUGCAGCAGAGCAGAAGGCUGGCCUGCCAAAGGACUCAGAGUUCUCCCCUCUGUUUGCCCAGCGAGAUGCUAGAGCCACGCAGGGUGGGCGUCUCCGGCACAGGUCGGAGCCCCAGAACUUUAAAGAGCAUCCAUUUCCCUUUGACCUGGAUGACGAGAGCAUCCGGACCUCGGAUGUGUGA